CCCAGACAGCGCCAUAGGACAGCGCACACUCGGCUGUCGCUCUAAGAUGACGUGUCCGGAAGUCGAUAUUGGCAUUUCCGUAAACAAAAGUUAGUAGCGACCUUAUUCCCGGUGAUGGCGGGAACGGCGCUUAAGCGGCUCAUGGCUGAAUAUAAACGUGAGUUUCCGAGAAAUCGAUUAUUAAUAUAAGAGUGAUAAGAAUAAGACAUACACUGUCACGUGUCGCUGGCUGUGUGAGAGUGUGUCACCUGGAAUGACUCAUCCCUGCCUGCCCUGACUGUGCAUAGCUAUCACAGCUCCCAUGUUAUACAAUACUAGAAUGGACACACUGCACCAGCUGGUCUCACUGUAUAAACCCAGCGCUAUACAUUAAUAAAUAAAGUAGGGCUUCUGACACUAUCGUUGUAAACAAGGGAUGCAAGCCCUCUGUGUUUUUCAGGUAGGACAAGGCACCAAAGUCUCUGCUUUCAAGAAAUCUUAUUGCUGUAUAUGGCAACUUGCAUGUACUAUUGCUGUUAACCCCCCCCAACAACAACAACCCCCCCCCUCAAAAAAAUAGUGUACAUGCAUUUGACAAGUAGAUGUUUUCACACAGAUUCCACAGCUAUCUCAAUUUAGUGGAUAAGUACAAACGUUUAACAUUUUUUUUCACUUGAUAGAGUAUGCUUAAGAGCCAAUUAUUUGCUGUUUAUACAGAAUCUUCGGUAGAAAUAGCAGAAGACCUUACCACUUGCAAUCUGAUUUCAUUUGUAUGUAGACACAGCUGACUGGCUGGAGAAAUAUCUACCAUCUUGCACAUAUGCACCAUCUAUUGGCAAAAAAGUGAACUACACACUGUUUUGUUUAUGUACAAUACAUUGCAUAUUAUUAAUCCUAUAAUAAAAUACCCCAUUAAAUAACAGGAUACAGUAAGUAAAACAUUUUAUAUGAAAUGGGACAGUUUGACUUUUGCUGCCUAGUUUAGGCCCAAAAGUUUUACAUUAUUUUGGAGGUUGACUGAUCCGGUGAAUAUAGGCCUAAUCCUAUAUGACGCCUCCAAUUUUGUGGAGUUGACAUAUACACCAUACAUUUUUUUGCAAUCAUUGCUUCUGUCUCCACAGCCCUGAAGGUAAGUUCAGAUUGGUUUAUAAUCAGAAAGUCUAUUCCCAGAUUUCAGGCAGUUUGCAACACAGAUCUAAUCCACCCAUGAGGAAGCUGUACUCUCUGUGUAUACUGAUCUGAGCGUUGCAAAAAGACUGUAUUCUCUCAUACAUUGAGCAGCACUCAGGAAUGUGGAUUUUAUAAUGCCUGACAGCAUACCACGAGCAAAAGAAUCAACUAGUUAAGAAAAAAAAUAAAAAUAAUAUAUAUAUAUAUAUAUAUAUAUGCGCUAAGGACUAUCUACACUUCAUAUGUACACAUAUGCGACAGACAUAUACAAACCGUAUGCUUGCCUAGAACACACACAGACAGUGAGUCACAUACCACAUGCAUACACUUACAUCACACGCUAGAUGCGUACCCACACAUAUACAGCUGCAUUUAGACACAUUGAGCCUCCCUCACAUAGGCCCCUGAAUUUACACACCAUCUUUUUGUGUUUUGUUUUCUUUCUCUGGACAAGUAGAUUGGGCUAGUACACUUGCCCCUCAGACAAAAUACUUUUUUUGUCCACUUGUUAAAGUGCAUUCAUCUCUCAUUGGUAUGUUAUGUUUGUUUAGUGAGUAGGAGCUUCAUCAAUUUUAUGUGCUGGUUUUGAACACUUGCUGAGCAUUAUGGUUCAAAUUCAUAUGCUUCAUGUUGGUCUAUAAUUCUAGAUCAUAUGAUCUUUCAUCUAAAGGAGUGGAAAUUGUAUUAAACCUGUUUGGGGAAUAAUGUUGAUUGGGGAACAGCACACACACAAAAUAGUUUUAAAUUUUACACGGCUACUUAAAAUCACCUAUCUUAGCAAACAAAUAUGGAGAUUCAUAUUGCAAUAUGAAUAUGGCCAUAUUGUAUUAAGCCCAUCACUAUGUCACAGUAACCUAAUAUUGGUGGGUCCUGCACUAAUUUUAACAUGGGAGAUUAACAUGCUAACAACAAUACUUACUGCUUUCAGGGAAUCUCCUUAAUCCGUGCUUUCCUAUGUUUUCAGGAUUCAGCUGUACAAGAAGUGGCAUAAUUGUGAUGGUGAAUUAUUCAUAUUUGGGAUAAUUACCUUGAUUAGUAUGAAGAAGACUAGCACCUGGCUACUUUACAGCUUCACAGAUUUUUGUUUUUCUAUAAUGACUUGUUUAGUCUCAGGGAUAUGGCUCUUUAAAGGACAUGGGAGUGAGGUAUUUCUCUUUAAAUCAUGUGUUGGCUUUAUAUGCUUGUCUUCUUAAAGGUAGCUAUACACCCUCUCUUGACAAUGUGUAGGCAUUAGUGAUGUCCCGAACUGUUCGGCGAACAGUUCGCCACGGACUCUUCAUUGAGUAAACUUUGACCCUGUACCUCACAGUCAGCAGACACAUUCCAGCCAAUCAGCAGCAGACUGUCCCACUUCCUGGACAGCUCACUAAGAAUGCAGCUUCACAAUGGAUGCUGUCUGGCAGGGAGGGUCUGCUGCUGAUUGGCUGGAAUGUGUCUGCUGACUGUGAGGUACAGGGUCAAAGUUUACUCAAUGAUGAGUCCGUGGCGAACCGUUCGGCGAACAGUUCGGGACAUCACUAGUAGGCAUUUGCACUCACCCCUAUUCCUAUUAUUCUAUCGUUUGAAACUCACGUUUUUUUUUAUGUGAAAGUUUGAUGUAUUGACGUGUAAUUACAGCAGUUAUUUAUUUUGUUAGGAGUGUUAGAUAAAAUUAUUGACAUGAUUUUGUCCAUUAAUAAAGCUAUGCUAUUUCAUCUUGCUACACCCGAUUUUAUUCAUUAUGUCUGUAGUUUGAAAAUAUGAUUAUCUUUAUAUCAGCCUAGGGCUUGACAAAUCCCAGGCUGUGAUUUUCGAGCCUGAUUAGCCUCUGAGUUGACCAGCUGCCAGAGAUUGGAAGGGGGCAGCCGGCUUACGCAGGGCUGUGGUGGGCUGGCAAACGGAUGGUUGGCUAAUUGAGAGCUGAAGGAGGGAGGUGGGCCGCAGGUGGCUGACUUAGUUUGGCAGUGAGGGAGCAGUAAUCUCCCUGCUCUCUUAUGUUGCGUGCCCUCCAGUGAUGCCAGGAGCCGGAAUUACCUAUCUCUAAACAGCGCUCUAGGGAACAGAGUAGAGAGAUGAAAGCAAACCCGCUGGACCCCAGGGAAGCUAAUCCAGUACAGCUUUCCGAAAGGUAGGAAAGCUGAAUGGAUUUAAAAUAAUAUAAGUAAUGAUGUGUGUGUAUCAAAUCAGUGUCUCUGUCAGUGAGUGUAUGUGUGUGUCAAUACUCACCCAUUUCCCCACGCCGUGCUGGUGACGCCAUGGCUGAGAUCAUCUUGAUGAUCUCAGGCAAUCCAGUGCUUCUCCAUUGGAAAAACAUUGGGAGACUAUUGCUCAUGGGCCACAUAACGCCAUGCUGCACAAUCAACUUCUCCUCAUAGAGAUGCAUUAAAUCAAUGCAUCCCUAUGAGGAGCGUUAAUGUAGGUGUGGCACACUGUGCAGCACUGACCCGGGAAGCACUUCUAGAGGCCAUCUGAGUGACUGUCACUAGAGGUAUUACCAGACCGCAAUGUAAACCCUGUCUUUAGUUUGAAGUCAGUGUUUACAUUGAAAAGCAUGCAGGGACAGUAUAUAGACUUCAGAACAACUACAUUAAGCUGUAGUGGUUCUGGUGACUAUAGUGUCCCUCAAGAAUUUUUGACGUUGAAAAAUCUGGCUCCUAACUUUUUUUUAGCUGGCUCCUCGAUUUCAAGCAAAUUUGUCAAGCUCUGCUUUAUGUUCUUAUUGUGACAGUGCGUGACAUUUCUACAUCUUGCAUCAGGACUUUAGAUGGAAUACGACCAAGUUCACACCCUUCCCUUUAGACUUUCUGUAUCCAUAUUUAUUUAUUUUUUCCCACAAACAUAAUGGUGGUGCUGAUACCAGCUUUAAGAAAAUGUAGUAUUAAAUCUAGUAUUUCAUGAUGAUUGGCUGUCAUAAACUGACUGAGAAACACAGCUAAAAAUCUUUUAAUAAUCACAAUGGAGUUCCUCCAGAUUCACUUUUGAUUAAUUGGAAACAACCUGUUAUGACUCCAACAAUGGAUAUUAAAGGGUUGCUAUAACCCUGUUGAGAGAUGGUGCCUAUCAGGUAUAAUAUUCCAUAUAGGGCAUUGUGGAGAAGGUCUGCAGUUUUUGCAAACUGUUUUUAUAUAUAACCCUUAUAUAAAAAAAAAAAAUUAAAUGCAUGCAAGUUUUCUUUUGGGGUAUAUCUACUAAACAUUGAUUUUUAUUUAAUUUGUUCAGGUAGUAGAGUGUCCCUUUUAAAUUUCUGAAAUUGAUUCUAGGUACAUUUUGGGUGGAAAAGAUAAAGGCUAUUUACAGGCUGAUUUCUUAUAUAGAAAUGCUAUGAGAAUUCUGGGCCUCUUAACAAAAUCAAUUCCUUUAGUUCCUUGGGUCAAAGUCCAAAUCUAUAGACCAGUAUACUCUAAAACUGGGAAAAUUAUGAACAAAAUAAAUAAGAAAACCCUUGUAAUGUAUUCUAGUAAAUUUAACAAGUAAACUGAGAUUUAAAGGACCACUAUAAGCACCCAGACCACUUCAGCUUAAUGAAGUGGUCUGGGUGCCAGGUCCAGAUAGGAUUAACCCUUUUUUCUGUAAACAUAGCAGUUUCAGAGAAACUGCUAUGUUUACCUAUGGGUUAAUCCAGCCUCUAGUGGCUGUCUCAUUGACAGCCACUAGAGGGCUUCCGCGCUUCUCACUGUGAUUCUCACAGUGAGAAGAUGCUUGCGUCCAUAGGAAAGCAUUCAGAAUGCUUUCCUAUGGACUGGCUGAAUGUGCGCGCGGCUCUUGCCGCACAUGCGCAUUCAGCCGAAGAGGUGGAGAGCUCCCCACCGGGCGCUGGAGAAAGAGAGGUAAGUUUAACCCCUUCCUCUCCAUCCAGCCUGGAGGGAGGGGGACCCUGAGGGUGGGGGCACCCUCAGGGCAUUAUGGUGCCAGGAAAACGAGUAUGUUUUCCUGGCACUAUAGUGGCCCUUUAAACUAUACAAUAGAUAUGGCUUUUCAGCUUAUUUUGUAAAAUAAAAUAUUGCUUGCAUUGCACUAAUGCUUUGGUAUAGUGAUAUUGUGGAAGUAACAUAAUAUAGCAGGCUAUCAAAAUCAUUGUAGUGUACUUUGUUGCAGACACAAACUCUUAAUUCUUUAUACUUGGUAGUAUUUGUACACCAUAAAGUGUCAGAGAAAAUAUCACCCACACCUAGAGUUAAUAGUGUAGUGAAACAACACUUAUCUCAAUAGAUAGUGGUGACAGCUUCUUCCAGGGAUAUCCCCGGGAUCAUUAGAUAUUUUUAGUAGCCAAGUGAGAUGCAAUACAAAAUCAGUGUUAAAAAGCAGUAAUAAUCCCUCCCCAUCUAAGAAGAGAUAUGGGCAUAUAAAAAGUGACUCCGUGGGGAGGGAUUACUGCUUUUUAACACUGUGAUUUUGUAUUGCAUCUCACUUGGCUGCUAAAAAUAUCUAAUGGUCCCUGAGGAAGUCCUGUUGGAUGAAACGUGCAGGACCUGGUAUAGCACCAAUUUAUUUAAAAUUUUGUUUGUUUUUAAUACUUUUUAUAAAUAAAGCAGAAUAUACUUACUCUUCAACCCUGAGUCUGGCCCUUCAUGCUGCAGAGCUAACGCUGGAAAGGAGUUGUUGGAUUAGCCCCCCAUCUCCAUCAAGGGAGUCACCCUAAGGAUACAUUCUUUCAUCCUGUGAGUGUAACCCAAUAGCGCAUUCUUAUAUAUUUCCAUACAAUAUUACACUAUUAUAUGGAUUUUGUUUUUGUAGAUUUACACUUGUAUCUUCUGUAUCCUUGGUUGUAUCUAUACUUGGUAACAUUGCAGACUUACUGGUGAGAAUUCUUUUGUACUUCAAAAGAAAAUCACUUAAUGUGAUGUGUUUGUGUAUAAUGUAGUCAUAUGAAAAAUAAAUUACACCCACUUUCAAUUAUAUGGUUUUACAUAUCAGGACACAACAAUGAUCUGUUCUUUAGCACGUCUUAAAAGUAGAUAAAUACAGCCUCAGAAGAACAACAACACAUGACUUAUUAUAUACAGCAGACAUCACAACCACUGAACCGGAGAAGCAUACGAAUGCUCUCAAGCAUAUGAAUGCUUUUAAACAGCUGAAAAGGAAAUGCAUACAAUCCAAUUCCCCCAAUAACGAGACGACACUUCGUUUUGAGGUCAAGCAGAACUGACUGUACUGGCACAUAGAGCCUCUUUUAUUCACAAUCCAUUGUACUGCCCACAUGGUUUUGAAAUACAACCAAUCAAUCUGUACAAUACACACAGACACUCCCACACAAAAUCCUCCCCUCUGCCUGUGAUAUGAAUACUGAACACAAUGGUUAAUAUAAUUAUCACAGGCAGAGAAAUACAAUAUUAUAAAACAUAUCACAGGGAGCCCAAAACAUGCAAUAAACCCAUAAAAAGUAUAUCCUCGGAACCAGGGGAUCUGGGUGAACCACAUAUCCAAAAUUCACCCAGAUCCGUUCAGUAGUUUGGAAGAUACAGUUUAAUGCAGAUUCUGCAGAACAUAUACAAGCUAUAUGAAAAAUAAUUACUGUAUAAUGUGUCCCCUGUUGUAUAGUUUAGAACUACUGCACGAUGUCUUGGUGGGCUAGGCUGCCGCUGGGGAGGGGGAACGAGAGUAUUCUCCCCUCCCGGUAGAAUACUCUGCCGCUGGGGAGCAGGGCCGACUGUCCGUACUCCCUGUAGCUUGGGCGCAGAGGCCACGGGCCCAUCUGUUCUGGUGGGGGCUUAGUGUCUCCCCUUGGUGGGCUACGCUGCCGCUGGGGAGAGGGGGUAACAAGCUCCUCUCCCUUACACACUUUCAGCCGCUGGGGAGAGGGGGUAACAGGCUCCUCUCUCUGCUGGUGGAGAGGGGGACCGACUGUCUCCCCUUUCAAUAUAUUGUCCUGCUGCUGGGGAGCGAGACUGAUGGUCUCUGCUCCCUGCCGGAUACACUGCUGCUGGGGAGGAAGGAUGUCACCUUCGGCUCCCUGGGACUCACACUGCUGCUGAGGAGGAAGGACGGCACCUUCGGCUCCCUGUAACUCACUUGGCCGCUGGGGAGAGGGAUCAACUGUCUCCUCUACUAAGGACACACACUGCUGCUGGGGAGGAAGGAUGGCACCUUUGGCUCCCUGGGACUCACACUGCGCUGGGGAGGAAGGACGGCACCUUUGGCUCCCUGGGACUCACACUGCCGCUGGGGAGGAUGGACGGCACCUUUGGCUCCCUGGGACUCACACUGCCGCUGGGGAGGAAGGACGGCACCUUUGGCUCCCUGGAACUCUCACUGUCGUUGGGGAGGAAGGGCGGCACCUUCGGCUCCCUGGAACUCCCACUGCCGCUGGGGAGGAAGGGCGGCACCUUCGGCUCCCUGGAACUCCCACUGCCGCUGGGGAGGAAGGGCGGCACCUUUGGCUCCCUGGAACUCUCACUGUCGUUGGGGAGGAAGGACGGCACCUUUGGCUCCCUGGAACUCUCACUGUCGUUGGGGAGGAAGGACGAUACCUUCGGCUCCCUGGAACUCUCACUGCCGUUGGGGAGGAAGGGCGACACCUUCGGCUCCCUGGGACUCACACUGUCGCUGGAGAUCUGGGUUGGCUGCCCAGCAUCCCUGUAGGGCCGAUAGAGAGACCUCGGUCCCAUCUCUACCUGCCAUCUUGGAGGUCAUCCCAGGACCAGUCAACGAGGACUGAUUCUGCUUGUCGGGUAGGUUGGGGCUGCACGAAGCUGAGCAGGUGUUGGUAGUCCAGCUCCCACUCCCUUGUUACCAGGUGGGUCAUGUCUUUGCUCACCUCGCGUUCAUCAGCCCAGACAUACAUGCCCAUCCGGUAGUCGUAGAUGUCCCAAAACCUAGACCCCCUCCGUGCUGCCAAGAUCAAUGUCGUCCUCGAAGGCAUCCCAUAAUAAACCCGGGCCAUCAUAAUCAUCUCCCACCGGUAAGUCGUGCUCGGCCGUCCAGAGGGUAAGUCGAGUGGUAUGCCACCAGAGGGCUUGGUAUGCGUUGUCUAGCCAGAUCUCUCGCCAUACAAGGGUCUCUAGUCUUGUCACCCACUCAUCCAGGGGCUGCUCUCCCAAUAGAUACAUCCGCAUCGCCACACGCUUCUGUAGCCGCUGCUCAUCACUGGGGAGACUCUCCCCUCGCCGCCACUGGGCAUCUUCCAGGGCAUCAUACCAGAGUUCCUUUCUGUCUGCAUCCCUGUAGUCCGCUGCCGCCUCCUCCUCCUCAUCAUGGAAGGCUGUCCAAAAACUAGCCGAUUCCAUCCUGCUGUAGCCAGGGGCGCUGUACGGAUACUAGCGUUGCCCUCAAUUUGUAACUCCAAACGUUACCAGUGUCUCCGAGCUGCUUCUCCUCGCACUAGGACGCCAUCCCACCGCUGCCACUAAUGUAACGGAUCACCUGGCACCCCGACUGGGUACCUCUGUUGAAGGAUGCUCCUAGCGCUUCCUGAGGACUCCAAGCACUGAAGCAUACGAAUGCUCUCAAGCAUAUGAAUGCUGUAAGCAGCUGAACAGGAAAAGCAUACAAUCAGCUUACACUCCUGGCAAUCAGUAUACAAUCCAAUUCCCCCAAUAACGAGACAGCACUUCGUUUUGAGGUUAAGCAGAACUGACUGUACAGCCUCUCUUAUUCACAAUCCACAAACAUAGUACUGCCCACAAGGUUUUGAAAUACAACCAAUCAAUCUAUACAAUACACACAGACACUCCCACACAAAAUCCUCCCUUCUGCCUGUGAUAUGAUUACUGAACACAAUGGUUGAUAUAAUUAUCAAAGGCAGAGAAAUACAGUAUUAUAAAACAUAUCACAGGGAGCCCAAAACAUGCAAUAAAUCCAUAAAGUAUAUCCUCGGAACCGGGGGAUCUGGGUGAACCACAUAUCCAAAAUUCACCCAGAUCCGUUCAGUAGUUUGGAAGAUACAGGUUAAUGCAGAUUCUGCAGAACAUAUACAAGCUAUAUGAAAAAUAAUUACUGUAUAAUGUGUCCCCUGUUGUAUAGUUUAAAACUAUUGCACGAUGUCUUUGUGCACCAAAUACCGGCGAGAUGGCACCGUGUAGAAAAGUCCAAACAGUGUCUGAGAGUUAAAAUGGCUGCCAUCCAUUGUUCUCACGAUGUGCCUCUGAUACAUGAAAUGGUGGCCACCCAGUAUCUCCAUAGUAUGUCCCCAGAUGGUUCUUAAAGGGCCAGCAGCAGCACAACACAAAUCCAUUAUGCCCAAAUCAUGUCUUUAAAGGGCAAUACAUCCCACGGGCCAUAGUCACAUGGCAGGAGGCUGGCAAUCAGUCUUCUCCAAUGCCCAGUGGCGAGGUCGGUUUCGCCACGUGUAUUAAGGCACUUCUUAAACGAUUGAAGACUAGGGGAGAGUCUGAUGGCAGUAGGCAGGCUAUUCCAGAGGAAGGGAGCCACCCUCGAAGUCUUGCAAGCUUGAGUUGACCGUAUGGGUGCGAGCAGUGGACAGAAGGUCACGGGCAGAGCGGAGAGAUCGAGAAGGGACAUACCUAUGGAUCUGUGAAGAGAUAUAAGAGGGGCUAAGAUUAUUCUGUGUUUUAUAGGUACUAUACAACAUUGUGCUACAAUGAAAAUGUUUAUUGCCAUAUACUUACCUUACCUUAGUAAUAUUGAUGGUAUUUCAAUUUUAGUGUGGCAUGUUAAGUCUAUUCUUUCUUAAGGGACCACUAUAAGCACCCAGACCACUUCAGCUUAAUGAAGUGGUCUGGGUGCCAGGUCCAGCUAGGUUUAACCCUUUUUUUUCUAUAAACAUAGCAGUUUCAGAGAAACUGCUAUGUUUAUAAUAGGGUUAAUCCAGCCUCUAGUGGCUGUCUCAUUGACAGCCGCUAGAGGCUCUUCCGGGCUUCUCACUGUGAUUUUCACAGUGAGAAGACGCCAGCGUCCAUAGGAAAGCAUUGUGAAUGCUCUCUUAUGGACUGGCUGAAUGCGCGCGCAGCUCCUGAUGCGCAUUCAGCCAAGGAGGAGGAGAGUCCCCCGCCCGGCGCUGGAGAAAGAGGUAAGUUUAACCCCUUCCUCCCUCUAGAGCCCGGCGGGAGUUGGACCCUGAGGGUGGGGGCAUUCUCAGGGCAUUAUAAUGGUCCUUUAAGCUCUGUUUCAGGAAUGAAAUUUGCCUGUGUGAAUUGGCUGGAAUUGAAUUCACCUGUUUAAAUUCAUUUUUAAUUCGCCAGAAAAUGUAGAAUUUUGCCCCGAAUCUAAUGCGCAUUCAAAUUUUGGCAACUUUUAUUUUCCAUAAAAGGGGCGCAUUAAAUUUGAGUAAAUACAGUUUAUAUAUAUAUCAAAUCUUGUGCACUUUCAGUUCAGUUUUGACAAAUCCUUAGAGCCCUCACUAAUCUGAAAUUGUAUCCUUAAUAAUAUUUAAAUUAACAUAUAUUUAAAUAUGUCCAAACAAGAAGUUACAAUGCAUACAUUUGAAGUACCUGCAUUUGCUUUGUAACUUAUGCCUUGAGAUGUUGCCAAAAGUUACUCUACUCUGAUGUUUAGUCUAACUUUUAUAUCAUGUCAACACUCCUUCUGUGUUUAUCAUUCCCUCACCUUCUUUUAGAUAUUCAAAUCAUAAGAGCAUGGCCCCCAGAACGUCUAUACAUGGAUCUAUAUACUGAAUGAUAUGGUUAUAUUUUGUGUAAUGCUUGCUUUAUUGACUUGUUCUAUUAUUCAGCACAUUACAAGUUGCUGGCUUGUGCUAAAAAACAAAAAUAAAACCGUAAAGUUCAUGUUGCCAUAAAUAAGGUAAUCUCUAACCAGAUACCAGGGAGUAAUGAUUCCUAAAUAUAUUUCUCCUAGUCAUGCAUUUCUAAGUAAUUUUGUAUUAUUGGUACAACUAUUCUCUGGUUCCUACCCCAGUAUUCUGGUGCUUCUUUCUACCAGAGAGAAAAAAAAUGCUGUUCAUACAACCACAGGCUUGAUUGAAAAAGGAAAAACAAAUGUGAUGUAUUUUGAAAGGAGCUGGGUUAUGUUUCAAUAUAUAGCUGCUUGCAAAUAUUAUAGUUUCUUUAUAUUGUUUGUAUAUAUUUAUAUUUAUUUAUGAUUACCUUCAAAACAAUGUACUGGUAGGGCUGCUGAACCCAAAUAGAAAAUGUAUCUUAUUAUUCAUGAGAAUUCAAGGAAGGAUUUUUAAAUUAUUUUUUUUAGAACCCAUGACAGCUUUGUGUUUCUUAUCCAUCCUUUGCUGGUAAUAUGUGUGCAUAUAUUCACACUGCCUGUAUAGAAAUGGGCAAUUGUAAAUUUUUAUUCACAUUUGCCAAAAUCAUUUAGUCAUAUUUACUCAUACUACAGAGUAGACCACAGAGCCAGAAAAAAAAGAAUAAGAUGCCAUGCAAAGCUAGAAAUUGCAGAAAUUUUAUAAAAUCCCCCACUGUCUUAACUUAAGAAUACAAAUGGAAUAUUCUUCAUACUCUCAACCCUUAUGAUAAUACAUACCCUGUCAUCUUACUGUAUUGUGCAGUGCUUUAUUGCGUCAGUAGAUGGAGACAUUGCACAUUAUUUAUGGGGAAGCCUGUUUCUUGUCUAGUCACUGAAAAUUAACUAAACUAAUCUCUUGCCAAAUCUGAACUACCAGACACACAUUUCAGUUUUACCUCGCUUCUCAUACUAUUAAUCCUGGCUUGAGAUCUAAUUCCCUUGUGAUAUGAAUUCUAGGAAAAAAAAAAUCAAUCUCCAACAUAUGCAUUUGCAAGUUAUAAUUAUUUCCUGUUUCUCACUACUGUGCAUGUUUUCUCUUCAAAGCUUUAUUUAGUGUGUCCUCUGGCUGUACAAGUGAAUUGUGUGUUGACAUAGUGAUGUUUAAGCAUUCAAUUCCAAAGAGUCGUGGGCCUCUUUUUACUUUGUUUAAAAAAAAAAAAAAAAAAAGGCAUCUCCUUUCUUUGAUCCUGCACAGCUUUAGUUUGACCGCAACUCAUACAAUUCAUUUUAAAUAGAAAUUAUAAGUCUAAAAUUAUCACUUUUGUAAAGCAUUACGGGGGCAUGCAAGCAAAUGUUUUUUUUUUUUUGUUUUUUUUUUUUACAUUUAUCUGCCAUUCCAGAAGCAGUGUUUAGUUGGCUCUGUCAGCAACUGCAUGCAAAUCCAACCCUGACAAGGAAGAAACACUCACAACCAAGUCACUGGUCUAGACUGUUUGAUUUUUAUCUCCUAAAGCCAUGUUCAGCACUGGUUUAUUGGAUACGUUGUUUAUAUCCCAAGAGCAGUUCGGUGAAACUGCUCCACAGACCAUACUACUGUUACUAUUGGUUUACAUAUAGGCUGCUGCACAUUAUAGUGACUCAGGUUAUGCAAACUCGUUAGCACAGAGUGAUCUGCGGUUUGGCUCUCCUGGUGUGAAAAAGGUCAGCCUCACAUGUAUACAACUCAGACUAAAUUGAUAUUGGGAAUCCAGAACUGAGCAUUGCAACUGCCUGAUUCUCACCUUAAAGGUGUUGUUUAGAGAUGUAAUUAGAUUUAUUAAUUGCUGCAGAGCUAAGCCACUCUCACUUAUAAGAGCGUUUGCAAGGUGCCUAUACACCAUCAACUUUGCAAAAUUAUUAUGCUAUUUAGAGUGACCAUUUAAUAACAGUCAGCCACUUGUUUCCAGUUUUAAGCCAUUUCUAAUUAUGUUUAAUAGUAGGUUUUAGCUUGAAGCUCCUGCUAAAUAAUUUAUUUUCUUUUCUGUCCAAGUUGUAUGAUGUGCUUUAAAGAUUAAAGCAGGAAAAGAUCAAGUGCUAGCAUUUUCAUCCAAGAAACUGUUAAUCUUAAAGGGAAACUUCGCUAUCUAAAUAUAAAAAACAACCUUUAGUAGAUAUACCCUCAAUGAAAACAUGCAUGUAUUUUUCUUUGGAGUUAUAUCUAAAAACAGAUUGCAAAAACUGCAGUUCUCUUGUCUGCUGCCUUUGCAAACUCUCCCCUUCUAAACUCACCCAGACUUUCUGUGGUUGUCCAAUCACAGGUUUCCAAAUGCAUCUUAAUGAGACGUCUUUGCAGUGCACGUGCUCUGAGCAAUUGCAGCCUCUUGCGUUUAGCUCCACUGUGCCAAACAAACCAGAAAGUAACAGGACCUGUUGUCUGCUUGACAACAGGCACAAUGUGUUUUGAUAAGAAGAGUAAGUGUAUUUGAUGAGGAAAGAAGAUUGAAAAGUACAGUAAUGCUAACGUGUCCUAAUGCUGUAUUGUCCUAGUACAUAUUUAGGCACAGGAACCUCUUCACACAAUUGCGACUUAAUUUCAAUUAACUUAUCUUGCCCAGAGAGUCCCUUUAAAUUAAAAGGGCUUGGGAACAGUUAUAGAUUACAAAUUAGUCAACCGUUUUCAAUGCCAACAGCAGAAAGGUGUUUUUGCUUGCAGCAGAGGAAAAGGGCUCUUUACGGUAAGAGCCAUAAAGAUGUGGAAUUCUCUACACAAAGAAAUUGCCAUAACAGAUUCUAAAGAUAUUUUUUAAAGUCCUGUGUGUUUUUUUAUUUAUUUAUUUUUAUUUUAUUUAUUUUAAAGAACAUUGAAAUAUAUAACUUUAUGUAUGUGGACACGUUGCUGAAUCAAAGAAAAAUCUACCAUUAAGCAGUCAAGGAAUUCAUUCCCUGUCAUGUGGGAUAAUUACAUAAUUUUCCUAUUACAUGACGUAAAGUUAUUUUAUUAAAGACACGGAGCCGAGUAUUGCAUAUCCCAUACUAUACUGUCCACCAAUAGCAGCAAAGAAUACAAAACAGAAUGAAAAAUAAUGCAUACAUAAUAACAUAGGCCACUCCCAGCCAAGUCCCAGUAUAAUAGCAGGCACCACACUCAGAUCUCCCUCUUUCUUGAAGAUGCGACACACCAUAACAGAAAGUCAGCAAACAAGAAAAAUCAGCAGACAUAAACCAUCAGCAAAUGAAACGUAGAAGUCCAGAAUCGAGAACACAGGACCACUUAAUCAACAACAGGAAACCAAUCCGGAACAGCAACAAGAUAAUGCUCCUCCAAGGCAGAUGAGUCAUCAAACAGGUCCAGAUCAUGCUGUGAAAACAUAAAGAACAGGAACCCAAGGGUUAAAUCGUUGCCAAAUACAAACAUCAAGGCCAGAAUAACUAUAGGCAGGGUAAUCCACAUACCAAAAUGAACAGCCCAUCCCAAAACUCUAAACAGACACGAUCAAAACUAAGCCUCAUAAAUACAAUGCCCCACUUACCAUACCUGCGAGUUUAGACCCCUAUAAUGAACAUGGGUGGGGAAAAAACAACAAAAAACUAAAGUUGAGAAAUUGCUUCACAACGGGUGGGACAAUACUCGCCUCCGUGUCUUUAAUAAAAUCGUGACUUAAUGUCAAGUAAUAGGAAAAAUUAUGCAAUUUUAUUACAAGACAUGGAGGUUCAUAUUGCAAGUUUAAAGCUGAUCAACCACCGCAGAAAACCCAUGAGUAAGAGUCCGAAAAUAAAACUCACGAAAUGGUCUUCCAAACGUGCGCCUGAUGCCAUAAUCGAUGAGGCAGAGGCACGCCUAAAAAAAAAUGUCAAUACCAGUCUGGUCCGAAAUCCAUUUCAACCAAUGGGACAACGUAGCAAUCGCAACUGGAGCAAAAAGAGGGUCGAAAAGACAAGAAAAGUUGAGGUGUAGAAGCGGAACGAUGUGGCCUGGUACGAUCUUCAUAUUCACGUAAACACGCCAUCAGACACAAAUUCUGUGUCGAAGAAAACGCUGGACACGACACUGACUUAAUAGAAGGUUUAGUACGUCUGGAAAUAUUGAAAGUCUCACCUUCCGGAGUGUAUGAUCUGGCAUGACAUCCGACACCCCUUUGCAAGAGAUGAGACAAAUCAAUUUAGCCGACAAUUGACGUAACGAGAGAUCCUGGUUAGAAGGCCAGGCACUGACAAAAGACAGAACAGAGAAAUCCCAUGUGGAUGAAAAAAACGCGGUCUAGGCGGAUGAAAGAGACGGGAACCGCAGAGAAGGCGACACACCAAAGGAUGUUGGCGGGACAACCUUGAAACCCCUGGUGGGUCGAAGAUAUAGCCAAACUGUAUAGAUCGUCAGGUAGGCCCUGCCAGUUUCAAACAGAGAAGUCAGGAAUUCCAGAAUAGUUAUCACAGGGGCUGAAACGGAAUCCACGUCCCUAGCCAGGCGCCAGCCAGCCCAAGCUCGCCAAGCUGACCCAUUUGAUCAUCUAGUUCCGGGAGCCCAUGUGUCUGCCAACAAUCAUUGAGCAGUUUUCGAAACUCCCUCCACAUAAAUCCGCCAUGCCAUGAGGAGGGAUCCCUCCACCAGUAGAGGGUGACAUUCUCCUGUCGGAUCGUGAAGCAGGCCUGGGAACGAUGGCAACAGCCUGGGACAGUCUACUGAUAACUCCAGAAGUUGAGGGAACCACAAUUGCAUCCCUUAAAAUGGAGUCACAAGCACAAGUUCAGCUCGUUGGAAUGAGCUUGUGUGGAACCAUGGAGAACGGGGGAAUGCAUACAGGAGAUCUCCACGCCAGUCCUGCAGGAAGAUGUCGUCCAUGCAGAGACCAAUGCACACAUGUGCCUGGUUCCUCUCGAAACCCUUGUAGAUGAGCUAUAUUAACCUCUGGAGAGCCCCGUAGUGGAGAGGAGCUAUGACCACCACCUAGAUAGACUAGGCUAGCAGUCCGAUGAGAUGUGCUAAAUGACACAGGGUGAUCCGUGGACGGAGAAGCGCCCUGUGCAAUUCCUUGCGAAUUGUCCAUAUCUUGGCAGUUGGCAGGCUCAACGAUUCUCCCUCCGAAUCCACACGAAAAUCCAGAUUUCCAUGCGUCUGGAUGGGGUCAGGCAGGCCUUGUCCCAGUUGACGAUGAAUCCCAGUCGGGUGCAAAGUAGAUCUCGAGAAGGUACAGCAACCGGGACCGUCCGAUACGCAUCCUUCAAAUCUAGUUUCGCCAACCAGUGUCCUGGGAAGGCUAGGUCCCUCACAAGAUGGAUGCCCUCCAUCUUGAAAUGGCGGUAGCGUAUCAUAGCAUUGAGCGGGUGCAAGUUGAUGACAGGGCGCAUUUGUCCGCCUUUCCUUUCCCCCAGGAAUAGUGUUUAUGACCCCUGCAGGGUCUAGGGCAGCCAGUUUGAUUGCCUUCUUGUCGCAGAGGGCUGACUAUUCCUCGUUGAUCAACUUGCGGUCACCGAGGGAGAAGUGAAACGGUAGAGGAGGUGGAAUAUCGUAAGGUGUGCUCACGAGGUCCAUAUGAAAACUUGCACCAUGACUAGCACCCAUGUGUCCGAGGUUACUGCUGAUCAAGCUAGGAAAAAAUUAGUCUGCCUCCUACACAAACAGGAGAAGAAACUCGGAAGUGUAUGUAAACUCACCGUAUGGGCGUUCUGCUCGCGGUAGUCCGCUCGACUUCUAUGGCCGUCCCUGUGAUGGGAAGAAAGUGGAUUAACACUCCUGGCAAUGCAAAUCGCUCUCUGGACCCAAUCACUGAGGUCCUCCGGGUCCACCAUACGGUUCUUAGCUCUGGCGUUUUCCACUAAGUCAAAAAAAAAUCUCCAGGGGGCCAAAUACACUGAGGUGUUUGUCUUGGCACGAUCUAAGUGCCGAGUCUAGCUCUUGCGUGGGUUCCAACCCAACUUAGCCAAAAACUGGGUCAACUUAGGGUCUACCUCUGGGGUGUCACACACUCUGUUAAGCACUAAAGGCCUGGGGCACUGUCCUCAACUUAUUCUGGGUCGCAUUGCUGAGUGGGUGCCGUACCCAGUUCUCUAGGUAUUUUCUCUGGGGCGAUCUAAGGUACCCAAGUCAUAAGUGUUCUGGAGGCAGAGGGGGAGGUAUGUUAAGCUUUGCGAAGAGCCCUCUUCGGCGCCCCACCUGGAGACAGGUCUGAAGACGUGGAGAUAAUGGCAUCCGUCACUGAGCACUGUAGCGCUGAAGCCUGAGUUACUUUGGUGUGGCCAGACGGGUCCACCAAUGGGAGCGGAGCGUCCGUGUUAGCAGGCCUCCCCCAAACCCAGUGGGGUAUCCACCCCCCCAAGGGAUAUGUGAACAGACAGGCACCCUAGGUUUAGGAAUAAUAAAAAAAAAACACUAUGUAUGUAUAGAUGUAAAACUGGCACCCAAUAGCUGCAAAGUCACCAGAGUAGCAAGGGUUAAUCACCCAAACGAUUAAUAAAAACCAGGAAAAAGUAACAAGGGAAAGAUCUCACUAGGGCCCAGACCAGCAGUAACUACACCGGGCAGGCAAAGACACAGAGGGGGUGAGAAGGAUCGGAAGCACACAGUCCCCACAGCUUGCAAGACUCGCAGGAGGCAACAAACCACACGAACACGGCAAAAAAUUACUACUGAACAAGCGUGUUUGACUCGCGAACAAGACGCGUUGACGGUUAGGAUGUGUCCAGUAAGGCAAAAUAUGCGAACGGGCAAAGAAAGUCGAGCGUUCGGGUAAAAGUCCGCGAACGCGAAAUAGCGUUCGCAAACCGAACACUGUCACUAAACGAAAGCACCUGGCGUUGGUACAAUAAAAACUGACGAACGCAAGUCGGAUGGGCGCGAAAUAGCGUGCCAAAUGGCGCCACAAACAGCCCGGGUUCACCAGGAGCCCCAAAACAGAAGGGGAGACAACAGGAACACCGGAGGGUAAAUAGAAGAAAAACAGAACAGUCCAGCAAGAAUAAAGGUCAGGCAGAGGGGAACAGAAUCAGAAGCUUAAAGCCGGGACAAUGGGGGAAAAAGGGGUAUAACAGAAAAAUAUAGGAAAAAGGGAUAUAACCGAGAACCCCAGACAGAGCAGGUUUAACUGGUCUGGGACCCGGAGUCCAGCAAAAAUACUGCAGUACACACAAACUGAAAAUACAUGCAUAAUAACAGCAAAAUAGCAAACAAAAACCACAAUAAAUGACAAUCCCAUAGAACAGAGAAAAUUAGGUACUUAUCUGACUGUGGAGCAGCAAAGAAAGAGGGAGAUCUGUGGGCGGUGCUUGCUAUUAUACUGGGACUUGGCUGGGAGUGGUCUAUGUUACUAUGUAUGUAUUAUUUUUCUUUCUGUUUUGUAUUCUUUGCUGCUAUUGGUGCAUGCAUUGUCAGUCAGUAUCUCUAUGGGAAAAGUUCACCACCCCCAUGCAGAGCGUGGAGAUACUGAGCGCGGACUAGAAAGCACAUCUAGUGGCUGUCUGAGUGAUUGCCACUGGAGAUGUUACUAACCACCAAUGUAAACACUGCCUCAUUUACAUUGAAAAGCUUGCAUCAAAAGUUUAGACACCAAUACCACUACAUUAAGCUGUAUAAGCUUUAAUUUAUUAACUGUGAGUAAACCUAUUGCCUUUUCUUAGUGGCAGUAUGUGACAGAAGGUUUGAUAGAAACUAGAAAACGGAUUCCAACUAAUAAAGAAUGCAAACCCAAAUCUCUAGCUGCAGAAAUGUUACAGUGGUUAUAAUAGCUUGGAGUUUAUUUUGCCACACAUUGUCUCUAUUAAGGUACAGUAUACUCCAUAGAAGUCUGACUGUAUGUGACUUGAUUAUAAGUUUUCGAGAACAGGUUUUUGCUCUGUCGCUGUGAAAAACCUGAUACAUUUGUGAGACUUAUUUUUAAAGGUUUUGCCUCCAGUGACUUAUUUUGUAGCCAUUCCUUGGUAUGUUAAUAUUUUUUUGUUGUUGUUGAACAAUGACACAUCUUUAAACUUAACCUGUCAUCAUCAUACCGUUCCCCUUAGUCCUGUCUUACUCAGAACUUGACUGUAGGAGGAUGAGAUCAGAAAAGAGGGGAUUUGAGGCUUUCAGAUCACAAAGAAUCAUCAUGCCAGUGGAUUAACAGGGUUUAACAAGACAUUUUGAAUUCAUUGAGUUUAUGAAUAGGCUACUUUCAAGUAGAGGUAGAAUUUCUCUAAUUAGACUGCUAUAUCCGAAAACACUUGGAGGCAAUACACCAUGCAGUGACAUGGCCUCUGUCCUUGACUUGUCACUCUUCCCUACCUAAGGUGCUAAAUUCAUCUCUUCGAUUGAUAAAAAUCUUAUGUGAAAAAGGAAUCCAGAUAGAGAAAUAGAGGUUUAUACAUUUUGCACAUUAACCUUUUUGACCAGGAAGCUUUUUUUACAACAUAUAAAAUGUAUUUUGCAGUGAUUGUACCAGUUCUUCAUUAAACACAUAUUAUCUACCUUGCCCAAAUUAUUAAAACUCUGUUCAUGCCCCACUUACUAUGAUAGAAAUAAGUUGAUAAUUGAGAAUGGAUUUAUUGAGUUGGUGUUUGUAGUGGCUAUGUUUUUAUUGCACCAGCACCGAGUGUUGAGUAACUGUAAUAUAUAACAUUUUUGUGUUGACCAUUUCUCCAAGCACUUUCCAGUUUUAUUUCACAGUAGAAGUUUUUAUAAAAGUUAGGCCUUCGCUAGUAUGUUUUCAAAAGCUUGAGUGUCUUUUUUAAAAAUUUUUUUUUUUUGCGGUGCAGGUAGUUACAAGCAAGUAUGUGGUGUCUCAACAGACACCUAUAAUCAUACAUAGUAGUACAUAGUUAUGACAUGGAGGUACUUUGCACUAUUUUCUGUUUAGUUAAGGAAAAACAAGGAGUAGUAGCUUUAAGUAACACUAGUAAUGCAGUUGCAAAAGUGUGGGGUUAGUAACUUUCAGGCUGAUUAUGCAUGUCUAAACGUUAGGCUGUAUAGCUUGUCAAUAGAGAGAAUCUCGAGACCUAUAGAUAGGCUAGUAUUCAGGAAGUAAUGGCUUAUUAAUGGGACUCAUGUCCCAUGAUAGCUGUUAUACCAGAACAUAAUUGAUAUAUGCUGUUUAAAAACAAAAAACAAAACAUAACUAAGAUAACGGUAUGACAUGCUUUAGUAUUUCCCCACUGAUGAAACCACCAUUGGUAGACCUGGCUUUUUAGCAUACUGAGUUCUGUGUGAUCUAUGGGUUUUGUUGUUGUAGAUAAACUCUACAUAGGCAGUGAGUCAGAGGCUGGAAUUAGCUGAUCCUCAUGAUGGUAUGGCAGGGUGGGCGAUUUAUAAGCGUUCUUGGAGAAGGGAAUAGACGAGAAGUAACCUGCGGAUUGUAGGCAAGCAGCACCACAGUUUGUGUAACUGAUCCGGGUAAGCGUAGUUAGAUUGGUCGACAGGUAUAUGUACUCUGGCAUCGGCUUGGGGGCAACAGUUAGGAAAGGUCUGAGGUUCAGCCAAGUCCGCUGAUGGGCCACUCCAAACAGUCUCUCUCCAGACCAGAUAUGGGAUAUAGAAGAUAGUCCUCUGUGGAUUCCACAUCCCGCUGCCACUGACCUUUCUGACUUCCACCAGCUCUUUGUGCAGCAUAGGGGUAAGUUUCUGGAUGUUCCUGGAGGCCUUGAUCAUCAUGAGAGUUAGGGCCGCGUGCGGCCUGGUGGUGCUCUGGUCGUGCUCUAUUGGCAGCCUCUGUGGGGGAGCUCCACAUGUAGGCUUUGCUACUUUGGCUGUCCAUCCAGAUCGCCAUCUCUUCCGGCGCCUGAGUGCGACUCCGUUCUGUUUUGGAGGGAGCUGCAUGCCGGACUGCUGAGCUGCAGGAGGUGAGUGUUGCAUCAAGUUUGCGCCGCAGUGCCUCUUAUUGAGCUUUUGCCAGAAUUCUUAGAUUAUGUCCAGCUCUGUGAAGGUCGACUCUGUCAAGCCUCGUGGCGUGGUGAGAGGCCUGGCAUCUGCCAUCUUGGGUCGAUUUGAGUGGGUGAGAAUCGUACUGCUGCAUGAGCUUGUGCUAUGUUGAUGGGGCUGGGAUAACCCCCAACAGCAGGGGGAGGAACGGGAUCCCGUACUGUGUCAGCUUGUUCCUGUGGGUGCUCAAGCAGGUAGAACGGCUGCCUCUCACACCCGGGUAGGCCGCAACAGCGUCUCGGGCUCAGAUUGUUUGUCUUGCGUCAGUAACGCUCAGGUUGAAGCAGAGUUGAAUGUAGGCUGUCUCCAGCUCAUGGAUUGCUGUUUUUUGCUAUUAAUAGUCGAUUUUAGAGUGAUUUCAGAGAUUCUUGGUCAGAGCUCGCUCUGCAUGCGACAGUUCCGUUUGGCAGCCAGGGCCCGCCCCCCUUGAGUGUCUUUUUAAAUAUUUCUACAGUAAGGGCUUUUUUGACUGAAGCUCAUCAGAGAUAGAACAGCAUGGCGAAAAGCUUGAGCCCCAAAUGUUAAGAGAUUUCAAUUUGCAAAUUCAUUACAAAUGAUGAGGAUUAUUAGUAGUGCAAGGGACCGAGAUAUUGUUCAAGAAAAGUCUGUCCAUGUCAAUUUGUGUUUAUGUGCAGACAAUGUUAUUAAUUUUUGUGCAAUCUAUCCUUCUGUUCAGGCCUAUAACUAAAAUGCUUUCCAUACCUUCCCAAUUUAGUAUUCUUUACUAUUCUUAAAGGAAAACUAUAGUCACCAAAACAACUUUAGCUUAAUGAAGCAGUUUUUGUGUUGUAUAUCAUGCCUCUGAAUUUUUACUGCUCAAUUCACUGCCUUCUAUGAAUUAAAUCUUCUCUUUAUGCUGCGCUAGAUACAUAUUUCCUGGCUUUGAUUGACACAGUCUGCAUAAAAACAAAAUGGCAUAAUUUUCAAUCAGAUGUAACUCACUUUAAAAGUUUUUAUCUCCUACUCUGUUAUUUGAACUCUAAUUACGUAGAGGACGCUCCUGCAGGGUCUAGCAAGCUAUUAACAGAGCAGGAGAGAAGACAUUUGAAAUUAAGGAAGUGUAAACAUUAGAUGACUCUUUACAGGAAGUGUUUAGUGUGGCUGUGUAAAUCACAUGUAAGGAGGUGUGAUGUGACUAGGGCUACAUAAAGUAAUCUAACUCGUAAAUGGCAGAGAAUUGAGCAAUAAGACUAUAAGAGCAUGAUCUAUACAGUAAAACUGCUUAAUUAAGCUAAAGUUAUUUUGGUUACUAUAGUGUCUCUUUAAACUCCAAUAUACAACUAAAUUAGCACCAUUGUAGGUAAUCUGUUCAGAUCAGUGGGGAAUAGCAUGGCGAUUCUUGAAUCUGUACACCUGCCGUAAAUUGCUGAAACUAACAUAUACCAUAAAUUAGCACGGGGUAGACAACCUAUGGCACGUGUGCCAUGCAUGGCACUCAAGGCUGCUAGAGCCAAACAGGCUCUGGCCUAUCAGGAGUCCCAGUGAAACUUCAGAUAUCUGCUAAUACGAAAAGAUGGUGAAGGACAAUCCUCAAUUUCUGCAUUGCAGCACGUAUUAUUAUUAUUACUGGUAUUUAUAUAGCACCAGCAUAUUCCAUAGCGCUUUAUAAUAUUAUCAGAGGGGGAGAUUUAACAAGAAAAUCAGACAAUUACAAAAACAAGAAUAGGUUGAAGAGGGCCCUGCUUAAACGAUCUUACAGUCUGUAGGAGGUGGGGCAUACAACCCAACAGGAUAGGCGGUAGCAAUCAAACAAGGUGAAGUGAAGUAGAGCUGGAGGAGAGAAUAGAGGGCUACCAUUUAGAAGAGAGCAAGGGACAGGUAUGUGAUGAAGCGGUUACUCUGGGAGGCCAUAAGCUUUCCUAAAGAGAUGGGGUUUGAGGCACUUUUUAAAUGACUGAAAACUAGGGGAGAGGUUGAUGGUCGUAGGCAGGCUUCUACAAAGGAAAGGAGCCACCCGCGAAAAGUCCUGCAAGCAUGAGUUGGCUCUACAGGACAAGAGAAGGUCAUGGGCAGAGUGGAGAGACCGAGAAGGGGCAUACCUGCGGAUCAGUAAAGAAAUAUAGGAGGGGUUAGAAUUGGUCAGUGAUUUAUAGGUGUGGAUUAGUACCUUGAAUUGACUCCCAUAGGAUACAGGAGCCAAUGUAAGGACUGACAGAGGGGAGAGGAGCGACAGGAGAGGAAAAUCAGUCUGGCAUUCAUUACAGACUGUAGUGGGGCAAUACGACUUGUGGGAAGACCUAUUAGGAGAAAGUUAAAAUAAUCCAUGCAAGAGAUUACUACAGCAUGGACAAGCUCCUUAGUAGCAUCUUGUGUAAGAAAGGGGCGGAUGCGAGCUAUGUUUUUAAGGUGGUAUCUACAGGAUUUGGUAACAGGCUGGAUGUGAGGCUCAAAUGCAAGGCCAGAAUAAAGUAUAACGCAAGGAUGGACUGAUGUGGGUACCAUUCACUUGAAGGGAGAGCGAAAGAGGCGGUUCAGUAUUAGGGGGAGGAAAGACAAGCAGCUCAGUUUUAGAAAGAUUGAGUUUUAAAAAGCAGGAGGACAUCUAGUCAGAGAUGGAAGAAAAGCAAGCAGUGACUUGUUGCAGGACAAGAGGGGGGAGGUCCGUUGGAGAAGAGGUAUAUUUGAGUGCCAUCAGCAUACAGAUGGUAUUGGAAUCCAAAUUAGGUAAUAAGUUUGCCAAGAGAAGCAGUAUAAAGAGAAAAUAGAAGGGUAGCAAGUAUAGAAGUUUGGGGGGACUCCAACAUAGACAGGACGAAGGGAGGAGGUAUCAUUAGAAAAGGAGACAAUGAAUUAAUGUUGGGAGAGGUAGAAGGAAAACCAAGAGAGGACAGUGUCACAGAGAGAUUGAAGAGUUUGGAGAAAGAGAACAUGGUCAAUAGUGUCAAAGGCAGUAGAGAAGUCCAGAAGAAUUAGCAUACGAGUAGUGCCCUUUGGAUUUAGCUGCAAUUAGGUCGUUAGUGACUUUAAAAAGAGCAGUCUCCGUAGAGUAGGCGGAAGCCAGACUGAAGAGGGUCAAGGAGAGAGUUGGAAUUGAGGAAGCAAGUCAGACGGGUAAAGAAAGUUUUUCCAGAAGCUUUGAGGAAAAAGGGAGCAGGGAUAUGGGACGAUCGUUAGAAGGGGAGGACCGGUCAAGAAUUUUUUUAAAUUUUUUUUUUUAAGAUGGGUACUACAGUAGCAUGUUUAAGGGCAGCAAAAGAGAGAGCAAUUGAAGAUGUGUGUUAAGGAAGGCAAAAGACAAGAGGAGAGAGAUCUGAUAAGGUGAGACGGGACAGGAUCAAGCAGGCAAAGUGGUGGGUUGAGAGGAAAAAAGAAGAGCAGCCACCUCUUCAGUAGCCUGGGAGAAAGUUCAAAGUGUAGGAAAGGCAUGAACUAGGUGAGGUUAAGACAGAGAGGUGGGGAGAAUUUUCAUUAGCUGUUCAAUCUUGUCGGUAAAGGACGUAGCAUAUAUUGCUUACACUACUUUAUAUUUUAGCAGUGAAUUGGUUAAGCUCUCUGUUUAGAUAUUUUUAUUUUUUUUUGCGCAAUAUUGAGUUUUACAAAGACCCAUAUAAUUAAAGUUGACUCAGACAGUUGCUAAUUUUGUGUCAGCCGUCUUUUCACUGGCUGUCACGGACUGCUGCUUUAAAUCUAAAGAAUUCCCAUCUGGAAUACAGAAAAUGAAAUUUUCUGAAUACCCAGCCAGGUAUUACAGUACCCUCUGAUUCACAGGUCUGACACUCAUGUCCUGAAGCUGGUUGACAAACAAUUGACUGUACCGCUUGUCCUGUGUUUUUAUCUGGCCGUCCAUUCUUGUGACGAUUAAGUCACGCCAUCUUCAAACUUCAAAGGUCCAGAUUAAAGGUUUGAAGCCCAGAAACCACAAGAACACAUAACCCAUCCACUCCUCUUAAUGGAUGUAAACAAGGUCCAACUUCAAAAAAUGGUAAUUAUAAAUGGGAUGUGGGUAAAAGGAGUAGGCUUUAGUCUUUGAACUCACAAUAUUGUGUACCAGCUUUUUAUUUAGUGAAAAUAACUAUAAAAAGAAGUCUGUUCAAAUCCUUAUGUAUGUUGCAAAGCACUUAGAAAUAAAAAUAAUCUAGUUACAUGUAUGUGUAUGGGCCGAGGGCACUGGGGUAUAGAACAUUAAUGAAGGUUCUGGCCAUUCUAUAUUUUUAAGCCUAGUUAUAAAAGCCAUGUUUUGAAACACUAUGUCUGUCAUAACUGGAACUCCAGGAAAUGCAUAUAUAGAUCUCAGUUUUUAAAGCCAGAAAUAAUUUAUUUGGAGCCUCUUCACCCUGGAUUUUAAACUGAAAUGAACAGUUGCUGUUUGGAUUGCAGGUUUAAUUUUUGAUAAAUUAAGAGGUUGUAACAAGCUAUUUGCAAUGUACUUUGGAGCUCAUGUUUUUAUUUUUAAAAAUAAAAACAUUUAACGUUCUGACAAACACCAGGUUAAACCUUUGUUGUAAGAUAUGUGAUGCUCUUUAACAGAAUAUUAUAAGAAGAGAGAUAUAUGCAUUUCUCUCUCAUUUUCAACCAGUUCCCCAAAAUGUCCUGCUUUCUUCAAAGACCAGGAAGUGACCGAACUCUGUGAUUCCAGUGGAAGCAGUGCACGCAUCUCAAAAACCUGGAGAUUUCUGAAAAAGAAAAUGAUGAAUGGGGCUCACCUAGACACGUUACAUUUGUAGGAGAAUAUAUGUUUCUCGUACACUCCUUUACUGAAUAGAGCAUUUGGGAAAACUUACAGCUGUAAUUUAAUUUUUUUUAGUUCAUAUUGGAAGUGGGCGAUGAUGUGCAUCCCCCUCCCUCACCCCCCCCAAAACAAGUAGUUUUUUUGUUUGUUUGUUUCCUUUUCAUGGCGUUUCUUAUAUUGGCAACCACUUAUGUGUUUCAUUCUUCUUUCCAAUAUGCUUUCUGUAAUUACCAUAACAGUAUGCUGUCCAUAACAUUUUUUCAAGAUUUGUUUUGAUGUUUUGUACUCAGAUUAUUAUAUUAUUAUUAUUAUUAUUAUUAUUUUAUUUAUUUAUUUAUUUUUUUUGGUAUUGCAAAACACUUAGCGGUUCCAAAAUAGUCUGCAAGGCUAUAUUAUAUUUUGUCUUUAAAAUAACUGUACAAUAUCCAAAAAAUAAAUGGAAAAAUCUGAAGAAAUCUAGCGAAUAUGAUCAUAUUGCCAUGAGAGUUGUGUUUUUUGUCUUUGUCUUUGUUUUUGUCUAAAGUUGAUUUAUUUUCUUGUCUGUAUUUCAGAGCUGACACUGAACCCGCCAGAGGGGAUUGUAGCAGGUAAGUCCCUCGUCCUACCUUUGAGAGAUGUUGCCUUUUAUCUCUAUAAUGACUUCACCUGUUGGAUAUUUAAUAUUAUUAUAAAGCUAGUUCGUGUUUGAUUUGUUUCAUGGUUAUACAGGUUUCCAAUGUUUUUCCAUCUAAAAUUUUUUUUUUUUUUUAAAUAUACUCUAUAAUAAAAGUGGUUUGAAGUAGAAGUUUAUAAAGGGUGUUGUGAAAAUGUGUAGAACUCGUCCACAAACUUUAAUUCUAUCUCGUUAACAAGUUUGGUUAAAAUAUGGAAAUUUUCUUAAAUGAGGUCUAAUUACACCAACCACUGGAAUCUGUUUAUUUCGUUGGCUAUUAUUAGUGCCCUCAAGAAUAAAAACAGCUCCAAAAACUCACAACAGCUUGGCUUCAUUUUACUUUACAGAUUUUCCGUUCCCUUUAUAAACAGGGAAUGGGUAAGCCAUUAAUGGCUGACAUUGGCAGUGCACAUUUAUGGGCAAUAUUAGUAAUAAUGUAGGCUGAGUAUUAUGGGGAAUCUAGUCUCCAAAACAUAUACAGUGUGAAGAUUUGUCAUCACUGUGUAGAUUAUCCUGAACAUGAAGGAAAUAGGUCUUGUGAAUCUACAGAAUAUGGACAUUUUACAAUACAGCCAACUGCAUAAAUUAUAAAGCUUUUUGUUUUGUUUGUUUUUUUGGGAGGGGGGCAGACACUUUGGCUCCAGUGGUUCUUCUGGGCAGUUACAUCCUGCAUUGCUGUAAAUGCUGCUUUGUUUAGAUGUGUACAGAGUUCCUUUGUGUCUCACAAAGUUUCCCACUAAUAAAUGCCCUGCGUUCUUUUAUAGGGCCCAUUAAUGAGGAGAACUUUUUUGAAUGGGAGGCCCUAAUCAUGUGAGUUGAUCAGAAUGGCAUUUUUACUGUUACUUGGAACAAAGAUGUUAUUGCUCAAAUAUGACUGUUAUAAAUGUAGUUAUACUAUAAAAUAAAUUGCAAAAGUAAUAAAAUGUUUUGUUUUUCUUUUUUCUCCCCAAUGGAUAAUGAUGUUUCUGCAAAGAAAUGUUACACUGUUCAAAAACUAAAUUACCUAAAUAAAUAAAAUAGCUGCAGCAUUGUAAGGAAGUAAAGAUAAAAAUGGAGCUAGUCUGUUUUUACGUGUCACUAGAAUCACAUAAACACUGAAUUUCUCUGUGCAGUCUUUUUAGGAAACAAUCCCUUAUUAAAUUCAUGUUAAAAACUAAAAUAUAUCAGUUUUCUCAGAAAGCUAAAGGUGGUGCAGGACAAGUGGAUUAUACGGUACUGUUCCUCUGCUAACUGGAAGCUUUUACAAAGAUGGUUUGUUAGCAAGUAUAUGUGCUGUCCUGCCCGCAGGACAGCUUUAUAAUUGCUUUCCAAAGUGAGAUGAGUUAAAGGAUCUCUAUAGUCUCCUGAAAAACAAAACUUAACGUAGUUGUUCUGGUGAGUAUAGUCAGUGCCAUAGGAAAGCAUUGAGUUGGCUGAGAUUGCCAAUUCAGAUGAUCUCCGCUAUGGAGGUGGAUCGAGGGCGGGGCAAGCACCAGAGGACCCAGGUGGCGCUGGAAUAAAUGUGAGUAAACUACCUGGGGCAAGGAGUGGGGAGACCAGGGGGCUAAAUAGUGUUUUUAACACUAUAUAGAGUCAGGAAUACAAGUUUGUAUUCCUGACCCUCUAGUGUUCCUUUAAUACUUUAAUAUAGUGUUCCUUUAAUUGCACAGGUUUUGUCAAAUCACUCACACAUUCUUUUCUGUCAUGAACACAACAGUAACUGUUGUGGUUAUGGUGCCCAGUUUAAAUUGGAAUUUCAUGCAGCAUUACUCUGUUCCCCCAACCACCUGCAAUCCUCUUUUCUAUAAUCAUUGAACCCCUUCGCGACCGAUGACUGUUCAGGACAGUCAUCGGAAAAAUCCCAUUGAGGACCGGUGACUGUCCUGAGCUGUCUUAACGGAAAUCUUUACUCACCUGGUUGUGUCGUUCCCCUGGUGGCAAUCGGCGUUGCUCCCGGUGUGGAGAGACUGCCUGACAGUCCAGGCAGUCUCCCCGCGGCAAAUCGGGACCCCGCAGCCACCUGAUCGCUCAACAGAGCGGUCACAUGGUCACAAUAGGUGUCCAUAUAUCUGCCUGCAGGGGGCCUGUCUGUUGACGGGCAGUCUCCCUGCUGCUGUAAAAAUAAGAAUGUUAAUAAAAAAUAUAAAUAUAAAUAUAUAUAUAUAUAUAUAUAUAUAUAUAUAUAUAUAUAUGUGUGUAUAUAUAUAUUCAAAAUAAUACGAAAUAUAUAUCAUACAAAAUUACAUAAAUAAUUUCAUAAAUAUACACGUAGACUUCAAAUAUAUAAAUAUAUAUAUGCAUAUAUGUUAAAUUCUAUGUGCAUAUUUAUGUAAUCUUUUUACAUAAUUAAGUCAUUUUAUUGAUUGCAAUUUGAGGGACCUGCCAACCCAGGCCGAAAGUCCAGAUAAUUUAAUUUGCUAGACCUGUAUUUAACCCUGUAACUUUCUAUGACACACUUCGCUGAACACAAAUAUUAGUGAUUCAAAACAGUAAAACAUAUCACAGCAAUGAUAUUGUCAGUGAAAGUUACUUUUUUUGCAUUUUUCACACACAAAUGGCACUUUCACUGAUGUUAUUGUUGUAAUACAUUUUACUGUUUUGAAACACUAAUAUUUGUGUUCAGCAAAGUCUCCCGAGUAUAACAGUACCCCCCAUGUACAGGUUUUAUAGCGUUUUUGAAAGUUACAGGGUCAAAUAUUUUUACAUUGAAAAUUGCCAGGUUGGUUAUGUUGCCUUUGAGAGCGUAUGGUAGCCCAGGAAUGAGAAUUACCCCCAUUAUGGCAUACCAUUUGCAAAAAAACAACCCAAGGUAUUGCAAAUGGGGUAUGUCCAGUCUUUUUUAGUUGCCACUUAGUCACAAACACUGGCCAAAAUUAGCGUUGAAUUUAGUUUUCUACUUUUUUCACACGCAAACAAAUAUGAACGCUAACUUUGGCCAGUGUUUGUGACUAAUUGGCUACUAAAAAAGACUGGACAUACCCCAUAUUGAAUACCCUGGGUUGUCUACUUCAAAAUAUAUACAUGUGGGGUGGGAUUCAGAGAUUUAUGACAGAUAAUAGUGUUACAAUGUCACUAUUGAUACAUUUAAAAAAUAUAUAUUUUAAAAAGGCAAUUUCCUAUUUGCACUUAUAGCUCUAUAACUUGCAAAAAAGCACGUAAACACUGGGUGUUUUUAAACUCAGGACAACAUUUUGAAUAUAAUUUUUUUUCAUUAGCUUUCAUAGGUAAGUAAAAGAUUAUUCAUGCAAAAGAUUUUUUUUUUUUCUUCAAUUUUACACCAUAUUUUAUUAUUCUAAGUAAAUUAUGACAUCAUACAAAUAAUGGUUUGUAAAGAAAGCCCUUUUUGUCCUGAAAAAAACAAUAUAUAACUUGUAUGGGAACAGAAAAUGAGAGAGAGAGAGAGGAAAAUUGCAGCUAAACACAAACACCACAAAAGUGUUAAAAGAGCCCUGGUCAUUAACGUACAACAUGGCCAAAACAGGCCGGUCCUGAAGGGGUUAAAUUUAGAAAUGUGCGUAUUUGUUUAACCCCUUAAGACCGGAGGGCGUACUAUUACGCCCUAUUCUAAGCGGCUCUAAACGCGCCGGGUACUUUCGGUACUUACCCGGUCGCCGGCGAUCCCACGCCGGCGAUCGCGGUGGGGGGGACUCCCAGGGAGCCCCCCGCGGCACGUCCGUCCUCCUCGAAGCCCCCCGGCCGUGUGAGAGUGGGGUCCUUGCGAGGACCCCACAAUCACAUGGCCGGGGGUAGCUGGCUGCAGCAUUGCCAGCAAGGGGGCUGCCUGUAAUGACAGGUGGUCCCCCUGCUGGCUGAAAAUAAAAAUGAAUAAAAUAAAUAGUGUAAAAAAAAAAUAAUAUAUACUUAGAUCAUAUAUAUAUAUAUAUAUAUAUAUAUAUAUAUAUAUAUAUAUAUAUAUAUAUAUAUAUAUAUAUAUAUAUAUAUAUAUAUAUAUAUAUACACACGUACACCGUCUAGGUGUAUUUUACUAUUAAUAUAUAUAUAAAUAUCAAAUUACACGUAGACUGAUAUUGAUUAAAUAUAUAUAUAUAAUUAUUGUUAUAUAUAUUUAUAUAUAAUAUAAAAAAAUAAAAAUUUAAAUACGUUAAAUAAAAUUAAAAAAAUAAUUAAAAAUAAAUAAUUAAAUAUAUAGAUGUGUUAUUUCGUUCUAACUGUAUUGUGAAAUUAAUAUAUAUAUCAAAAUACACGUAGAACGAAAUAAUAUAUAUAUCUAUAUACAUAAAUAUAUACGUAUAUAUCACUAUAUAUAUACCUAUAUAUAAAUAAAAAUAUUUUUAAAAAAUUAUAUAGAUAUAUACAUAUAUAUACACAUACGUGUAUAUAUAUAUGUAUAUAUAUAUAUAUAUAUAUAUACAUAUAUUAAUUCUACAUAUAUAUUUAUGUAAUAUUUUUACAUAAUUAGUUAUCUUAAUUAAUUACAAUUAGCAGGACCUGCCUGACAACCCAUGCCGAAAGUAAAGGGAAUUUAAUUGGCUAGCACUAUAUUUAACCCUAUAACUUUCCGAGACACCAUAAAACCUGUACAUGGGGGGUACUGUUCUACUCGGGAGACUUCGCUGAACACAAAUAUUAGUGUUUCAAAACAGUAAAAUGUAUUACAACGAUGAUAUCGCCAGUAAAAGUGACGUUUUUUGAAUUUUUCACGCACAAACGGCAUUAUAUGGACAAUAUUAUUGUUGUGAUACUUUUUACUGUUUUGAAACACAAAUAUUUGUGUUCAGCGAAGUCUCCCGAGUACAACAGUACCCCUCAUGUACAGGUUUUAUGGUGUUUUCAAAAGUUACAGCGUCAAAUAUAAGGCUUGCGUUUCAUUUUUUUCACAUUAAAAUUUGCCAGAUUGGUUACGUUGCCUUUGAGACCCUAUGGUAGCCCAAGAAUGAAAAUUACCCCUAUGAUGGCAAACCAUUUGCAAUAGUAGACAACCCAAGUUAUUGCAAACAGGGUAUGUCCAGUCUUUUUUAGUAGCCACUUAGUCACAAACACUGGCCAAAAUUGGCGUUUUUUGCAUUUUUCACACACAAACAAAUACGAACGCUAACUUUGGCCAGUGUUUUGUGACCAAAUGGCUACUAAAAAAGACUGGACAUACCCCAUUUGCAAUACCUUGGGUUGUCUACUAUUGCAAAUGGUAUCUGAGAGGAUUAUAAUAGUCCAGGCUUACUAUGGGAGGCCUUUGAGGAGGGCAAUGACUUUGGAUGCCCCGCAGAAUGUCUUCUCUGGGACAUCCACGACAUCAGGGAAACUCUGCUGGAUCUUCCCCGAGUGGACGACCUGAGGCCAGACCUGAUUCAUCUGGUUACAAUGGAGUGGGAGCUGGAGCAGAGCUACCAACAUCUGUUCCGCUUAGCACAGCAACCAAGUAGGAGUAGGGACAGUCGGUCCUGCUCCCCAGCGGCAGAGUAUUCUACCGGGAGGGGAGAGCCUUGUUCCCCCUCCCCAACGGCAGCCUAGCCCACCAAGGGGAGAUGAUAAGCCCCACACCGGUGCAGAUGGGUCCGUGGUCUCUGUGCCCAAACCACAGGGGGUAAUGACGGUCGGGUCUGUCCCCCUGCAGCAGGGCUGUUUAUGCAAAGGGGAGACUGACUGUCUUCCCCUCCAGCAGCAACACCAGGUCCAGAGGGAGGAGCCUACUAACCCUUCUCCUCAGCUGGGCUCCAACCAGGCUACUCCCGUGGUAGCGCUGGCACCAGGGCAGAGUACCACUGGUCUCUGCCCACUCAGCAACCCACCGAUCCAGAAGGCUAGUACCCCCCAGAGCCAUGGUGGAGCCCCUGGACAUGGACAAGCUACCCACUACCCCAGGUGCAGUAACCAAUUCUUGUGGGUGGGCCACUCUGUUGAUUAUAUUUUGUGGGUGGGUUGCUGGACUAACCAAGGCACUGACCGACACGAGGUCCGAUACCUUGUUAGUCUUUUUGGGAAAGGGGAGAAAUGUGGCGAAACCAACCUCGUCACUGGGCAUUGGAGAAGACUAAUUCUCAGCCUCCUGCCAUGUGACUAUGGCCCCUGGGAUGUAUUGCCCUUUAAAGACAUUAUUUGGGCUUAUUGGAUUUUGAAACACUUUUUCUGCCCCUUUGAAUACAUGAGAAGGUGUGCCCCUCCCCCGUUUCCUGUCUAUUGUUCUCCAGCAGUUGCUAUGGUUUAACCCCAUGGCGAUUUGACUGUGUUUGUGGCAUCUGAGCGCUGUUCGGAUAUAGUGAGCGCUCAGAUCCAAGCUAUCUGGGGAUAGGUUUAAUGUGGGGGUUCUGUUAAGUAUAAUAGGAAUGAUGUAUUUUUAUGUGUUUUUACUGUUGUUGUGAAUAGAGCUAUUUUCUGUAUGCUGGAAGUAAUUGGCUUACCACACCCAAGCCAUGCUUGCAGACGGUCACAACUAACUUUUGACCCACUGGACCAAUUUGUAUGAUUUUGAUGUAUGUUUGUAUUUGGAGUAUGCUGAUUCUGAAAAUGUAAGUUUUUUUUAUGUGAAUAUGAUGUAUACUUUAAGAGUUAUGAAUAUUGUGUAAAACUGUGUAUUUUCCUGCCUGUGAUAAUUACAUUAGAUCAUUGUGUUCAGUAAUUGUAUCACAGGCAGAGGGGAGGAUUUCUGAUGUAAUGAAUGGGAGUGUUAGCUGUGUUGUGUUGUAAUGUGUUGAUUGGUUGUUCUUCAAAACCCUGUGGGCAGUACUAUGUUUGUAGAAUGUGAAUAAAAGAGGCUGGAUGUGCCAGUACAGUCAGUUCUACUUCACCCUCAAUUUGGAGUGCCGUCUCUUAUUGGGGGAAUCUGCUACAAGGGAUUGCUAUGCCCUGCAUACUCUCUUGCUAUAUUCACUGCUAAACUCUUGUAAGAGCUUGUUCCUGUCCUGCUCUCUGAAGGAGUCCACGGUGGUUAUGGUGUCGGCUGGAGUGCUUGGAACCCUCAGGAAGCGCUAGGAGCAUCCUUCAACGGGCCAGCAACUACCGCAUAGGUUUGAGACAAUGCAACUUAAAAUCUAACUUGGUCAGUAAGUAAUUUGCAGCAGUGCAGUCCGGUGCACAAUCCAGAUUAGCCCAAUGCCUGUGUGGGUCGCAGGCCUUUGCUACUUGACAGGUAGGCCAAAAGUCCUGUAGCCGCAAAGACUCCAAGCCCACUGGGUAAUUAGAUGAGCAUUUACACUAAUCCUGUUGGGCUACUCUCUCCUGGUGAAGGAUUCCGUAGGUCAAAGGUAGUGUAGUGGGUUGGUACCCCCAGAUACUCUCCCAGAAAUGGUGGGCGUCAGAGACCUCGGAGGCUUUAGCCGAUCAAGUGGUUUCAAUGCCGGCCCAGGUGCUGCCACCAGUUGCUCUAGGAUAUGUUGCUGAGUUGUAAUAUGUGCUGAGGACUUUGGGCAUGUAAAGCUCUGUCUGAACUCCAGCUUUGCCCAGAAACUUUCAAACAAAAGCCACUAAGAAGCCCAUCACAGAUUCCUGAGGUGUGCACUGCCUCGUAGUUGCAGUGUGGCUGCAUGCGGUCGCCGUUAUGGAGGCUUUGUCAGCUUGGACAGUAAAUCCCAGGGCGCUCACAAGCUUGAGUACUGCAGUUUGAGAUUGAGGGUGCCCGGAUAACUCACCAGCUGGGUGGGUUGGUGGGGGCAAGGGGGGUGCAUGGGUCUGUUAAGAUGCUUCAAAAGCAGAGCUUAGUAUGGCUGGGGAGAUCAGCUGCCUGUCCUGCACUUGCUUCCCCCGGUAGGCCACACACAUGCCAUGCGUGUAAAUCCACCAAAUUCGCUUACGGGUGCUUCCAGACUGAUUGCACCUCAAAUCAACAAGAUUACCUAGUGACCCCAAUUGUUAUAGUGCCACUGACAGUCCAAAGUGAGAUUAAAAUGUUGCGUUACACACAAGGCUCAAAUGAAGUGCUGCAGCUCAGUCAGGUCCAGCCCACAAGCUAAAAAAAAAAUAGAAAAAUUAUAUAUCUCAAAAAAAUAAAGGGAACACUUAAACAACACAAUGUAACUCCAAGUCAAUCACACUUCUAUGAAAUCAAACAAUCAAACUGUCCACUUAGUGACAAUCAAUUUCACAUGCUGUUGUUCAAAUGGGAUAGACAAUAGGUGGAACUUAUAGGCAAUUAGCAAGACACCCCCAAUAAAGGAGUGGUUCUGCAGAUGGUGACCACAGACCACUUCUCAGUUCCUAUGCUUCCUGGCUGAUGUUUUGGUCACUUUUGAAUGCUGGCGGUGCUUUCACUCUAGUGGUAGCAUGAGACGGAGUCUACAGCCCACACAAGUGGCUCAGGUAGUGCAGCUCAUCCAGGAUGGCACAUCAAUGUGAGCUGUGGCAAGAAGGUUUGCUGUGUCUGUCAGCGUAGUGUCCAUAGCAUGGAGACGCUACCAGGAGACAGGCCAGUACAUUAGGAGACGUGGAGAAGGCCGUAGGAGGGCAACAACCCAGCAGCAGGACCGCUACUUUCGCCUUUGUGCAAGGAGGAACAGGAGGAGCACUGCCAGAGCCCUGCAAAAUGUCCUCCAGCAGGCCACAAAUGUGCAUGUGUCUGCUCAAACAGUCAGAAACAGACUCUAUGAGGGCCCGACGUCCACAGGUGGGGGUUGUGCUUCCAGCCCAACACCGUGCAGGAAGUUUGGCAUUUGCCAGAGAACACCAAGAUUGGCAAAUUCGCCACUGGCGCCCUGUGCUCUUCACAGAUGAAAACAGGUUCACACUGAGCACAUGUGACAGACGUGACAUACUCUGGAGACGGCGUAGAGAACGUUCUGCUGCCUGCAACAUCCUCCAGCAUGACCGGUUUGGGAGUAGGUCAGUAAUGGUGUGGGGGGCAUUUCUUUGGGGGGCGCACAGCCUUCCAUGUGCUCGCCAGAGGUAGCCUGACUGCCAUUAGGUACCGAGAUGAGAUCCUCAGACCCCUUGAGAGACCAUAUUCUGGUGCGGUUGGCCCUGGGUUCCUCCUAAUGCAAGACAAUGCUAGACCUCAUGUGGCUGGAGUGUGUCAGCAGUUCCUGCAAGAUGAAGGCAUUGAUGCUAUGGACUGGCCCGCCCGUUCCCCAGACCUGAAUCCAAUUGAGCACAUCUGGGGCAUCAUGUCUCGCUCCAUCCACCAAUGUCACGUUGCACCACAGACUGUCCAGGAGUUGGCAGAUGCUUUAGUCCAGGUCUGGGAGGAGAUCCCUCAGGAGACCAUCCGCCACCUCAUCAGGAGCAUGCACAGGCAUUGUAGGGAGGUCAUACAGGCACAUGGAGGCCACUCACACUAUUGAGCCUCAUUUUGACUUGUUUUAAGGACAUUACAUCAAAGUUGGAUCAGCCUGUAGUGUGUUUUUCCACUUUAAUUUUGAGUGUGACUCUAAAUCCACACCUCCAUGGGUUGAAAAUUUCAAUUUUUAAAUUUUUGUGUGAUUUUGUUGUCAGCACAUUCAACUAUGUAAAGAACAAAGUAUUUCAGAAGAAUAUUUAAUUAAUUCAGAUCUAGGAUGUGUUAUUUUUCUGUUCCCUUUAUUUUUUUGAGCAGUAUAUAUUCCCAGUUGAAAAGCCACUUUGUCUUAUUUCCAUUAACCAAUUUGCUAUUAAAGGGACACUAUAGUCACCCAGACCACUUCAGCUCAAUGAAGUGGUCUGGAUGCCAGGUCCCCCAGGCUUUAACCCUUCAGAUGUAAACAUAGCAGUUUCAGAGAAACUGCUAUGUUUACAUUGCAGGGUUAAUCCAGCCUCUAGUGGCUGUCUUCCUGACAGCCGCUAGAGGCACUUUUGCAACGCUGAAUGCAAAAAUCACAUCCUGUGUGCAGAACAUCCAUAGGAAAACAUUGAGGAAUGCUUUCCUAUGGACUGUUUGACUACGCUCGCGGCUUUUGCCGCACAUGCACAUUCCGCUCCACUCAGUAGUUGACGGCGGGGGAGGAGAGGUCACCAGCGCCGAGGGAGCCCGGUGCUGGAUUAAGGUGAGUAACUGAAGGGGUUUUAACCCCUUCGGCGCCGAGGGAGGGUGGGGGGGGACCUAAGGGUUAUAUAGUGUCAGGAAAACUACCGUAUUUUUCGCUCCAUAAGACGCACCUCACCAUAAGACGCACCUAGUUUUUAGAGGAGGAAACCCAGAAAGAAAAAUAUUCUAAACUGUUCCAUAGUGUUUCUUACUAUGGGACAGUUUGUUCAGAAUAUUUUUUUUUUAAAGGAAUUUUUUGUUCCUUACCACCAAACUCCCCUCUCCUGUCCAAUAAUGAUCUUUAACCCCCCCUCCCCUGUCCCAUAGUUAUCUUUAACCCCCCUUUCCUCUGUCCCAUAGUGAUUAACCCCUCCUCCCCUGUCCUGUAGUGCUCUCAUCGCAUAGUGUCCCCCCUCCCCUUGUCCCAUAGUGUCCCCCCUCCCCUUGUCCCAUAGUGUCCCCCCUCCCCUUGUCCCAUAGUGUCCCCCCUCCCCUUGUCCCAUAGUGUGUGUCCCCUCCCCUUGUUCCAUAGUGUGUGUCCCCUCCCCUUGUCCCAUAGUGUCCCCCCUCUCCUUGUCCCAUAAUUACUUACCUGUCUUGUAGCGUGGGCCGGCAGCACAGCGCGCUCCGCGGUGCAGGAACUUCAAUUUCAGGUUCUGGUUUCCGGCGGGACUGAAAGGAAGUGCACACACGCGGUGCAGGAACAUCAAUUUCAGGUUCCGGUUUCCGGCGGGACUGAAAGGAAGUGUGCACACUGAGUGUGCACUUCCUUUCAGUCCCGCCGGAAAUCGGAACCUGAAAUUGAAGUUCCUGCACCGCGGAGCGCACUGUGCUGCCGGCACACGCUACAAGACAGGUAAGUAAAGCUUCACAUUCGCUCCAUAAGACGCACAGACAUUUCCCCUCACUUUUGAGGGGGAAAAAAGUGCGUCUUAUGGAGCGAAAAAUACGGCAAUUUGUUUCCAUGACACUAUAGUGAUCCUUUAAUUGAUAGUUGGAACAGAGUGAUCUUCUUCUGUACCUCUAGUUUUUUAAAUAAUUACGUGUCAUUUGUACCUUAAUAGAAACUAUUAUUUAUUUAUAUUUUUAUUUAUAUAUAUAAAAUCCAAAUGUCCCCUGCACUCACGCUUACAAUCAGGUCCAAAACCGGGCGCACCACCAGAGCUCCAAGACAUGUGGUAGACAAUCAACAAGGAAGGCUGCUCUCCGGAUUUAAAACAAAAAAGUUUAUUCAAACAUAUUUAAAAUCCACGACCAACGUUUCGGUCCCCGCUCGGGACCUUCUUCAGGGUCAAAAAACAGAACGACAGAACAGUUCUGUCGUUCUGUUUUUUGACCCUGAGGAAGGUCCCGAGCGGGGACCGAAACGUUGGUCGUGGAUUUUAAAUAUGUUUGAAUAAACUUUUUUGUUUUAAAUCCGGAGAGCAGCCUUCCUUGUUGAGUGUGUGUGUGUGUGUGUGUGUGUGUGUGUGUGUGUGUGUGUGUGUGUGUGUGUGUGUGUGUGUGUGUGUGUAUAUAUAUAUAUAUAUAUAUAUAUAUAUAUAUAUAUAUGUGUGUGUGUUUGAGAUCUUCUUAUAUUCCUAAUAGCUAGGGUUACCAUAUCUACCAGGUUUUCAUGGACACAUAUACUUUUAUCAUAUUUAUGAAAAGGCUUGCCCUGCAGGAUCAUUGCCUAAUUAAUGAAUCUUAUACACCUUCUGAAUUCUACAUACUACAGGGCUAACCUUUUCAUGACCUGCCCAUCAAUACGUAUAUGUGAUAUGUGUCCCUGAAAACAUGGUGAAUAUGGUAACACUACUUCUAGCUAUGUGAUCAGUAUAAUAAUUAUAUACCUUACUCUCGGCAGAGACUGGCCCCUACAUUGUGGUGGAAAAAGCUAAUCUCUGAUGAUGGGUUAUGAUCUGAAAGCUCUGUCCUCUUAAAAGACUGUGCCAGCUCUGUCAGACAGCUGCCUGCCUCCUCUAUGAUGUGCAGCCUUUAAGAUAUGCCUUGCAGGCAGAUUGUUCAAUUAUAGCCCUGCACACCCUUCCUAUUAAGAGGAGCGCCGUGACCUUGCCAUUAGAGCAUGCUUUGAUUUUUUUUUCUAUACUGUUUUGUACUGGUUUUUUUUUCUGUUUUGUUUUUUUUCCUCAAUAAAUCCUGAACAGGGAGAAAAGGAGUAAAUAUUGCAGACAAAGUCUUUGAAGCGAGUGUUUCAUAACCGAAAGUGUAAAUUACAUUAUUAGCAAGAGUUUCCCAACCCUUCCCUUGGUUCUGUAUUAUGUCAGACUGCUCUGCUAAGCUGCUUGUAGUAUGUACCGUAAACACACACCUGGACUUCUGGUGAUGUACAGUUUUUGACUCACAUGCUAAUUUAGAGCUGUGCUCAUGUGAAAGUGAAGAUGGAAAAUACAUGAGAUCUAUCAUUUCCCAGGAUUUUUAAUUUUUAUGCUUACUUAAAGCGGCACUGUCAUGACGAACUUGCCUUCCUCUCUCAUGAUCUGUUCUUCUUUUCUUCCUUUCUGAUUUAGUUUUCAUUCAAACACAAGUCAAAGUUGGAACUACUUUGUCUUAUGUAUUUUUUCUACGCUUUUUCAGCUUUGACCCAAGGAGGAUCUUAAGACCUCUCCAUUUCCUGUGGUAAAAUAAAUUUUCCCACAAGCCGUACCUCUCCUCUUGUGUUCUCGUGUUGCUUCAUUCGCUGUUCAAACAGCCAUUCGCUGCCGAAACUACAGAAUGGGUAUAGUUUGUCCACUCGUGUUAAGAUGCAAUUCGGUACUUUUUGUUCGGAUCAGAAUUCCAUUCGAAUUAAUGAAAUUCUGAUCCUAGUAAAUAGCUCCCUAAUUCCCACAGUAUUAGGGAGCUAUCUACUAAAAGGCUGAAAGACCAAAAUUGAUCCCGUCCCCUCCAUUGUAACUUAGGGCCCCCACCUGCCGGGUGGGGGGGGGGAGGGUGGGUGGGCGCUGGUUGAAAGAGGCAUGUGAAUGGAGGGGCUGGGGGGAAAUGAGACAUGUGAAUCGAGGGGCUGCGGGGAAAGAAGACACAUGGGAUAAAGGGAGGGCCGGCUGGGGAGGGAAUGAGGCAUAUUGGAGAAUAUUUGGAAGGAGACAAUAUUUGGUUCUGUUGAAUACUCCAACAAAUUUAAUUGCGGCUCUUGAAUGUUUCUAAUUUUAACAUGAAGCUCUUACAGACAUGAAGCUUGGCCACCCUGGUAUAUGUAAACCUUGUAUGUGUUCUAAACAGUGUGUCUUGUGACUAAAUGAAGCUACAAUUGCUUUCUAUCAAGUUUUCAUGUAACACUUGCUCUUGAGGAUUCUUAAUAAUGGCUUAGUCCUUGUGUUUUUUUGCUACAUUACAGUUUGUAUUUACUAUUGUGUACUAAUCCAGCUUCCAAUCCUUUUUCCUUCCAUAAUGCUUAUAUUGGAGAUCAUUAGGAGGACACUGGGAAUUAAAAUCAUCUUUAUUGUAAAAACAGUGGAGUACAGCAAGUUUAUACUUGCUUAAUUCUUGCUCUGCAACACAAUUCCAAGUUACUUGUUUCUCUUGCAGGGAUUAGAGCCCUUUUUUCUCACUAGGAUGUUCAGCUCUCCCUAGAAGAAGAGUUAGAUCAUCUAAUACUGGUGUUUCAUAAUAAAGUCUCAUCUCCCUUUACUUAUUUUUUGUUUAAAAAGAUAAGCAAAUAAUGUGAGAUUUGGAAGAAACUCCAUCCUGAGAAUAUUUUGUUUUCUGCUAUAACUUCUUUUCAUCAUUUUAUUGGUCUCAUAAGGCUGUAUGUGGUGGUGAACAUCUAACAAAUACUUAAUAUUUGAAUGUCGUCAAUCUUUAAAGUGCAGCUGCAGAAAGGAAACAGAAAUGGGAAAAAAAUGUUUGAUCUGAUCGGUAUGCCUACAUGUCACUCUUUAUAAAUACAUGUAAUUACGGAUACUGCGUAUCUUCUUCAAAAUGCUCAGAAUACGUGUGAUCUGAUUAAUGUUUUUUUUCCAUUUUCGCACUCCUAUAAAUAGAAUAAGCACAAAACUACCAUAGUGUAUGCAUGAAGAGAUAUUUGUUUAAAAAAAAAAAAAAAAAAACUCACAAAAGAUGCCUGAUGUAGUGUUUAUAGUGGCAGCAGAUACCUGGUGCCCUCCCACUAAAAAAUGUUCUAGUUGCUAGCUUAACAUUUAUAUUACCCACUCUGCCCGUUGUUAGCAUAUCUAACCCGUACUUGCAGCUGUCUCACCACAUCCAGGGACACUCUCACUACCAGGAUACAUUAUUUAAACCCUACCUCUACUCCCCCUUUCUGCUCUGACACUGAGUCCUGGAUACGGCUACUGUGUAUAGACAUUAUCUGUUUUUUCUGUUUUUUUCUCAUACAGUGCUCCUCGUGCCAGGUAACUUAUAGAAUCUACAAUGGGGAUACGUUCAAGUUAGUAUCUGUGAAUACUCAUUUCACUUACUUGAACACCCCUUAGGGGAACCUUUCUCUGGCAAUAUUUACAGCCAGUUAUAUAUAUAAUUUUAAUAUGUAUGUCUUUUUCUAUUAAAGGUCUUAGAACCCUUUGUAUAUAGUACAUUUAUUUUUGAGAGGUAUAGAUUUGUGAAUGAAUAGGUCUUCCACCUUUAUACCAAAUUCUGGUGGUCCUCCAGUUCAUUUUCUCUUUUUUUCUUUAUAGUUUGCUGGGGUUAAACCCCCUAUACCUCUUGUAACCUUUACAGAGUCUGGGGAGUUGAGUAAUUCCAACACCCUAUAUACUCUGUCUUUUCUUCAAAUUAUUUAUCUUUAUGAUAAAUUAAACAUGUAUUGCGUUAGGGUCUUUUUUCAUAAAUGGGGACAUGCAACCACAUGUUUAAUUGAAUGAGUGCAAUACAUAAUAAUUCACAAAGAGAUGGUUAUAUGUAAUAUUUUAUUUUCAUUAAUAAUGACAAUUUUUCUUUACUUUUGGCUGUAGGGGUCCUGAAGAUACAUGUUUUGAGUGUGGAGUAUUUCCAGCAAUACUUAGCUUCCCUUUGGAUUAUCCACUUAGCCCUCCAAAAAUGAGGUUUACUUGUGAAAUGUUUCAUCCAAACAGUAAGUAUGCACAUAUACAUAUAUUUGUUUUGUCGUUUGCAUUGCAACCUUUAUUUCCAGUGUGCUGUAUGCUCACUUCAUUUUGGGUUUCUUCUACCACUCCCCCCCCCUCCCCCCCCCCACACACACACACAUCCCCAAUUGUUAAAUAUUUUUCAUUGACCUUAUGCUAGUGUGGUGACAGUGACAUCUGUCUCUCUGUUCUUGUAAGUAUUUUACAAAGCACAGUUUUGCACACCAGGCUUUAUCACACUAACUUGGGCCUUGUUUUAAUAUUUUUGGAUAAGCUUUUUGAAUGAUUUAAAGCAGCACUGUCAGGUCGAACUUACCUUUCUCCUAUUGUUUCCUCUUCUCGUUCUCUCUCAGAAUCUGUUCUUCUUUUCUUUAUUUCUGAUGUUGUUUUCUUUAAAUCAUUAGACGAAGUAGAGACUACUUUGUCUUACGUAUUUCUCCUGCGCUUGGCUUUCUUUGACCAAAAGAGGAGUUUAAGUCUGCUCCAUUUCCUGUGUCAGAGAAUUCUCCUUGACACAGGAAAAAUACAUAGGACAAAGUAGUCCCUACUUGUCUUUUGUUUUAAAGAAAACAAGAUUAGUAAUAAAGAAAAGAACAGAUUCUGAGAGUGGAAGAGAAGAGGAAACAAUAGGAGAAAGGGAAGUUCGGCAUGACAGCGCCACUUUAAUGUUUCUGGACAAACUUUACAAUUAUUUAAAGGAACACUAGAGGGUCAGGAAUACAAAUGUGUAUUCCUGACCCAAUAGUGUUAAACACUCUCUAGAUCCCUUGCCCCCUUACUUGCACCAACCCGACUCCUCAGCUGACCUCAUCAGAAUUGAUGAUCUCAACCAAUCGCAUUGAAUGUUCUAUAAAUGGAUAAGAUGCUUUAAAAAAAAAACAACAUUUAUAUAUAGGCAGGCUUAACUCCUUAAGGACCCAACUUCUGGAAUAAAAGGGAAUCAUAACAUGUCACACAUGUCAUGUGUCCUUAAGGGGUUAAGGUGCAGCAUUCUGCAAAACAUGUAUUUAGUUUAUGCAAAAACUAUAAAGAUUUGAGCAUGCAAAAAAAUACACCAUAUUAAUGAGGCUUAAAGGGACACUAUAGUCACUUGAACAACUUUAGCUUAAUGAAGCAGUUUUGGUAUUUAGAACAUGCCCCUGCAGCCUCACUGCUCAAUCCUCUGCCAUUUAGGAGUUAAAUCCCUUUGUUUAUGAACCCUAGUCACACCUCCCUGCAUGUGACUUGCACAGCCUUCCAUAAACACUUCCUGUAAAAAGAGAGCCCUAUGUAGGCUCUCUUUAUUGCAAGUUUUGUUUAAUUAAGAUUUUCUUAUCCCCUGCUAUGUUAAUAGCUUGCUAGACCCUGCAAGAGCCUCCUGUAUGUGAUUAAAGUUCAAUUUAGAGAUUGAGAUACAAUUAUUUAAGGUAAAUUACAUCUGUUUGAAAGUGAACCCAGUUUUUUUUUUUAAUGCAGGCUCUGUCAAUCAUAGCCAGGGGAGGUGUGGCUAGGGCUGCAUUAAAGGACCACUAUAGUGCCAGGAAAACAUACUCGUUUUCCUGGCACUAUAGAGCCCUGAGGGUGCCCCCACCCUCAGGGACCCCCUCCCGCCCGGCUCUGGAAGGGGGAAAGGGGUAAAAACUUACCUUUUUCCAGCGCUGGGCGGAGAGCUCUCCGCCUCCGAUCCCCCCGCUGAAUGCGCACGCGCGGCAAGAGCUGCGCGCGCAUUCAGCCGGUCUAGGAAAGCAUUUACAAUGCUUUCCUAUGGACGCGCGUGCUCUCACUGUGAAAAUCACAGUGAGAAGCACGCAAGCGCCUCUAGUGGCUGUCAAUGAGACAGCCACUAGAGGAUUAGGGGGAAGGCUUAACCCAUUCAUAAUUAUAGCAGUUUCUCUGAAACUGCUAUAAUUAUGAAAAAAUGGGUUAAGCCUAGAAGGACCUGGCACCCAGACCACUUCAUUAAGCUGAAGUGGUCUGGGUGCCUAGAGUGGUCCUUUAACAGAAACAAAGUGAUUUAACUCCUAAAUGACAGUGAAUUGAGCAGUGAAAUUGCAGGGGAAUGAUCUAUACACUAAAACUGCUUUAUUUAGCUAAAGUAAUUUAGGUGACUAUCGUGUUCCUUUAAACAUAUUAAAUGCAUUAAAGUAGUAUUGGUUUCCAGAGUGUCCUUUUUAAUUAAACCUUUUUUAAUAAAUGAAACCAAAUGGGGUCUAUAUUUUUAUGAUUGACUCUAAAUGGGACUGUACAUAUUUCAGUAGAAAACGGUCAACUGAAAUGCAUGCUAUAGUCACCAACCUCUUUGAAAGCUGUGAGAGCUCUUGGAUUAGGUGUAGUUUGUUUAUUUUAUUUUAAAGGGACACUAUUAACUACAGCUUAUUGUAUUUGUUCUGGUGAAUAUAAUCUGUCCCUUCAGGUGUUUUACAGUAAACACAGGUUUUUUUUUUGUUUUUUGUUUUUUAGAGAAAAGACAGUGUUUACAUUACAGCCUAGGGAUACCUCCACUGGUCACUCCUCUGUUGCUUCCUGACAUUCAGUGUCUCCAUCCUGUGCAGGGAGACACUGAACUUUCCUCAUAGAUAUGCAUUGAUUCAAUGCAUCUCCAUGAAGAGAUGUUGAUUCACCAGGGCUGUGUUUGGCUUUUGCUGGCUCUGCCUUUGAUCUGCCUCCUUGACAUGCUCAGGCAAUCUAAUGCUUUCCUAUGUGAAAGCAUUGUGAUUGGCUCAGAUUAUAACUUCUGACGAUGUCAGUCAAGGAGGCAGAGCCAGCAGACUGAAAUAAAGGUAAGAUUUUACUAUAUGUAGGGUGGGGGGGUGGCUAGAUGGUGUAUUAAACACUGUUGGAUCAGAAAUAAAGGUUUGUGUUCCUGACCCUGUGGUGUUCCUUUAAUAAUUUGUUUUUAAAAUGCCUUGAAAAGUGUCAGCACCGUGCAUGAAUUUUCAUUGAAUAAUUUUAGAAUUUUUAUUUUUUUGUGUUGCUUACAAUUUAGUUCUACAACCUAAGCACAGUAACUGUCAAUAUUCAUGGAAAGGCUAUCAAAACAAUUGAAUAGCCGAGUAACUACACAAGCAUAUUCGUAGAAUAUUGCUAACUUGAUUUCUUACUUUGAUAUAAAGUGAUUGAAUUGGAAUGUUUGUAUGCUCUAAGUCAAGCAUGUCAAACUCAGUGUGGCACUGGACAAGGUUUAAGUUAAUGUGUCCCACGCACACUCAGUGACAGACACGUACACUCACUGACAGACACACGCGCACUCACUGACAGACACACACGGGCACUCACUGACAGACACACACGCGCACUCACUGACACACACACGCGCACUCACUGACAGACACACACGCGCACUCACUGGCAGACACACACGCGCACUCACUGACAGACACACACGCGCACUCACUGACAGACACACACGCGCACUCACUGACAGACACACACGCGCACUCACUGACAGACACACACACAUACUCACUCACAGACACACACACAUACUCACUGACAGACACACACACAUACUCACUGACAGAGAGACACACACACAUACUCACUGACAGAGACACACGCGCACUCACUGACAGAGACACACGCGCACUCACUGACAGACACAGACACACACGCGCACUCACUGACAGACACACACAGACACACACAGCGCACUCACUGACACACACACACAUACUCACUGACAGACGCGCACUCACUGACAGACGCGCACUCACUGACAGACGCGCGCACUCACUGACAGACGCGCGCACUCACUGACAGACGCGCGCACUCACUGACAGACGCGCGCACUCACUGACAGACGCGCGCACUCACUGACAGACGCGCGCACUCACUGACAGAGAGCACGCACACAUACUCACUGACACACACACACACACACAUUUCCUUAUUGCUCCUUACCUUAUGGAGCCGAUGGGGGGCAUUUCUCUGGGGUCCUUCCUGCUCCUCACUGCUCCCUUGUGCAGUUUAGUGGUGCCGGAAUAUAACGUCAUAUUCUGACGCCCGGCUUCACUUCAAUCGGUGCGCACGAGGAAACAGUGAUGAGCUGGAACACUGAGCUCCCUCGCUGGCUCUCCUUCCCGGCCGGGUAAGUGUUAGCAGAGUAGGCACCUGCAAUGUGGGGAAAGCAGGUGCCUACUCUGCUAUAAUACCAGCAUGUACUUGCGGCUCGCCGGGCCGCGAGUUUAACAUGCUUGCUCUAAGAUAACCUGUGUACAAAAUGAUUGAUUUUCUCACAUCUUUUGCAAGUAUAUCCAGAUGGAAGGGUCUGCAUCUCCAUUCUUCAUGCUCCAGGAGAUGAUCCAAUGGGAUAUGAGAGCAGUGCAGAGAGGUGGAGUCCUGUGCAGAGUGUGGAAAAGAUCCUACUGUCUGUCGUAAGCAUGCUGGCAGGUGCGCAAAUAUCUCAUUUUCUAAAAUUCUUUCCUAUAUAAUAAAAUCAGCACAAGUAGAUAAAGUUACAUAGUUACAUAUCUGAAAAGAGACUUGCGUCCAUUAAGUUCAGCCUUCCUCACAUUUGUAAUAUUUGGAGCUUACAUCUGUUGUUUACCUAUUGAAUGGCAAGAACUCCAAAAGUUGUUUUUGGGGGAAAAAAAAAUGACUGGAAAUUUCAGAAAGUCUUCCAAAUGAUGUAGAAAGGGGAGGCCUUUCAUGAAAAUUGAGAAAAGCUGCUGGAGUUGUGUGCUGCCUAAGUCACAUGUGCUGGGAUUGUAACAAGCCCCUGGCACAAAAGUGUAGAUGUCAGUAUGUGCAGCGUUUCAAGCUGAAACACUGCAUGUACAGAUUUCUACCACCAUGACCACUUCUACAAGCAGAAAUGGUUAUGGUUACAUAGUUACAUAGCUGAAAAGAGACUUGCGUCCAUCAAGUUCAGCCUUCCUCACAUUUGUUUUUUGCUGUUGAUCCAAAAGAAGGCAAAAAACCCAGUUUGAAGCACAAUUUUGCAACAAGCUAGGAAAAAAAUUCCUUCUUGACCCAAGAAUAGCAGUCAGAUUUAUCCUUGGAUCAAGCAGUUAUUACCCUACAUUGAAAGAUUAUAUCCUUGAAUAUUCUGUUUUUGCAAGUAUGCAUCUAGUAGCUGUUUGAACAUCUGUAUGGACUCUGAUAAAACCAAAAAAGGAUGGCAAUCUGUUUUCAAUUUAGUUGUUCUUUGUUUUUUUGCUCUUGUUUAUGUAAAAAAAGGUUGUGUAAUUCCCCGCUAAACCAAAUUAUUAAAGUGUCCGUAGUCUGUACUGUAGAACUUCUCCCCCCUGCAUUCUAAAUAGUGGCUCUGUACCAAGAAAUCCAUAAAAAGUUUGAUUGUAUUUUGAAAAACUGCAUUUCUGUUAUCUGGCAAUCAAUUAUUUUUAAGUAGUUUUACAGCAGAGCAUUUGUUUUAAAUCUAGUUUGAGGAGAGCUAAUUUGCCAAACAUGGCUACAAAGUUCAGAAUUACAUUUUAUAAGGAAUUGUUUUGGCCUGUGUUAGUCAUUCAACAUAAAAAGAAAGUCUCCCAAAAUGUGUGUAAAUUAUUGAUAUAUGAAGAUUAACAUAAAAUGUCUUGCCCUCAGAACCGAAUGAUGAAAGUGGCGCAAACGUGGAUGCCUCAAAAAUGUGGAGAGAUGAUCGUGAGCAGUUUAACAAGAUUGCUCGACAAACUGUGCAGAAAUCCUUGAGUCUGUGAAGAAACCUUUCAGUAUUGCACAAAGGAGAUGAUUCGUUAUGUCGUAUUACUAUUAAACAGACGUUGAAAGCCAACUUCUCAAUGCUAGAGUAAUUAAAACAUCAUUUUCACAAUGACCGAUGAGACAAAGGUUCUCCGUGGCAACGGCCAAUUUAAUUGCUCAAUUAUUUUCAAGUAUCUGAGUGAUGUUUUUAUCUUAGCUGAAUGAAGGAUUGUUUUUGAUACAACUCUCAGUCCCUGUGUUUCACAACCUAGAGAUACAAUUGGUCCUCUGUGAACACACAUUUAGUACCAGGACCUUGGUUCCGCAUUUGCUACUUCAUAUGACAAUUAAAGUAUUGAACAGUAUUUCGUACACCAGACAUUAUUUCUUUUGGAUAGAAAGGUUUGCUAAUUAAACUCAUAAUGGAUGUCAAGUUUGCUAUUGGUGGCCCUGCCAAUUACCGUGUACUGCAUGGAAGACGUAGAGUUCUAGCUAGCUAAUGACAAUGCAUUAAGAAGCUUGUGUACGAGCAUAACCUGGUCUGCACAAUAAUUUUAUGUAUAUGCUUCCUGCAAAGUACUGCUAGACCGUUUGGCAAAUCAUUCAGAAAACACAUUACUAAAGUUGCAUUAUUAUAUGGUUUCUAUAAGCGCAUAUAAUGCUUCUGCUUUGUAGUUCAUACAAAUGUUUUAUUUCAGCAUUCAAAGUUUGUUACUCAAUUGCCAAAAAUAAAUCUUCAGCACAUUUUCUGUGUUUGAACAUAUUUACACACACACACACACACACACCAGAUUCAGUACCUUUUGUUAAUUCUUGUGGCAUUGACAGCAAUACUUUCACUUUGGCAUAUUUUCAGGAGGAAAAUAUCCCAUGAAUGAGGGAUGCCAGAGGUAGGUGUUAGUAAAAGGGGUGAUGCCAAAUUUCGCAAUGGUUAGGUGUCCAACACUUGCUUUAUAGAUGCAGUGCAAUAUUGUUAUAUAAGCAAAUAGUAUCCUAUAAUUUCUUUUGAAUCACUAGAACGAGUUUUGGAGGUCUUAGGGACUACAUUUAUAACAUGUAGGUUCUAUAUUUUACAGAUUACAGCUAUUUUAUAAAUCUAUUUAUUUUUUUUUUUUUAAAUAAGUGUCCCUCAGAUGUGUAAGCAGUGUGGUUUCUCUAUUGUCCUAUGUCUGUAUUUAAUUUACAGAAUUAUUUCUAAAGAAAAGUAAGAACCCUUUUUGUGUAUGUGCUCAUGAAGGUAGGACAAUAGAAUUGUUUCUUCAAUAAAUUAUGGUGCUUGUUAGAAAAAAAACAUUCAAUAAGUAAUAUAAUUGUCUGCCUGCUUUGACCACUUACAUGUGAAAUAAUUGCAUUUAACAUCUGUGGUAAAUUAAAGGGUUACUCCAACC